GGCGGCGCGAGCGGGCAGCAACCGCCGCAUCGGCUGCUUUCGUCAGAGGAGCGCGAGCGGGCCCCCCCCUUCCUCGGCGGGGGGCGGGGCUUCGGCGGCGGCGCGGGCGGCAUCCUCGCGAGCUGAGGCGACGACGAAGGAGCCCGUCGCCGGAGCCGAGCCGAGCCGCCGCGCCGAUGAACCGUUGCUGCCCCGCCGCCGCCGCCGCCGUGAGGAGAGCCGCGCGGCCGGGAGGGAUCCUGCUGCUGCUGCUGCUGCUGCUGCUGCUGCUCUUGCCGAAGGCGGAUGCCGCCCGCGCUGCUUCCUCGCCUUCGCCGCCGGCCCCGGGGCGCUGCGAGGCGGAGGCGGCGGACGUGGCCGGCGGCGGCGGCGGCAGAAGGGGAAGCGGAGGCGGAGCGGGUGGAGCGGCUUCUGCGGCUGCCUCCGACAGCCCGGCCCCGGGGACAGGUGAGAAGCAGCGGGUGAGGGAAGCCGCCGCGGGGUUGGAGCAUCCCCGCCGCCGCCGCCGCCGCCGCCGGAGGAGGAAACGGGGGAGCCGCCGAAGCUCCCUCAGCGCUGAGGGAGGGGAUCUUCGUUGCGGUUCCUCAGAGGCUCGCAGGAGCGAAGGCGCGUUGACGUCACGUGUGGAGCGGCGGACGCGUGUCUCGCUCCUCUCUCUCGCUGCGACGCGCGAAGUUGGCCCCGAGUUGGUGGCGCGGGGGCGGGGAUGCGGAUCUUCGGCGCCGGCAUCUCCUGCGGGUGAGGGAGGCGAAAGGAGCAAAAGACCAUUCAAUGCAGGGCACGGAAGGGAUCCCUCGGGUCUCGCCUCUGCUCCGGGAGGAGGGGGGGUGUCGGCGUCACGUGUGGAGCGGGAGACGCGUGUUUCGCGAGAGCGAGCUCUUGUUGGGGUGUGACGCGUGUAAAGUGGUCCUCAGUUGGGGAGGGAGAAGCCAAGGGGCGGGGGAGCUGCUGGUCUCUCCAAGGAUGGAGCUUUUUUGGGCGGGGGUGUGUGGAUCUUGGAGGUGGUAGGGAUCAGGGGAAGGGAAGAAAGCCUCCUAAAACCCGCCAUUCUCAACCUUGGGUCUUCAGAUGUUGUUUGUUUGCUUGUUGAUUCAUUGAAUUUAUAUACCGCUCUACAGCUGGAGGUCUCAGGGAUGUUCACAGAAAAGAUCACAAUAUAUAAAAUAAAAACAAAAACAAAAACACCCCUCCUAGCUGCCAGGAAGGGAGUUGUAGUCCCACAACAUCCAAGGACCAACAUCCAAGUAGUUGGGGGUUCUGGCUUGCAGUGAGGUGUGUGCAGGAUGAAAACUGGGAAGGCUUUUAGUGCUAGUUAUCGCUGAACUUAAGAUCUGACGUACCUUUGGAUGUGUAGGUGGGAGAAGUAGUGGCGUUUUACCCUAAGCGCUGCAUAAUAGGGAACACUUGACAGAGUUUGGUCAUUGGUAGUCCCCCCCCCCCCCGAAAUUAUUUUACUAAUUUUCCAGAUUAUUACCAAACCAAAUUACUUCAAUUUAAUACAAUUGCAUAAAAUCAAGUUUCCCGCUUCUGUUGCAAACAUAUGUCGAUCAUUUCCUCUCGUAGCCGCAUCAUCUCUUAUUUAAGAGACAUUUUUUCCUCCUUACAAACAGUGCCUGUGUUACAUCUUAGAAAUAUAAAAUCCAUUCACAUGUGUCCUUCAUAUACAUUGUUGUUUCAGUCCUGGCGUGCUGGGAGAAUUAAUUACUGUCUUCCAUUCUUCAGUUCUUUGCAGUGUUUGGUCACUGUUAUUAUUAUUGUUAAUUAUAUUUAUACAUCACUUUUUUCCUCCUAAGGAGCUCAAGGCUGUGUACAUGGUUCUCCUCCUCCCCAGUUCAUCCUCAUUAACAACCCUGUGAGUUAGGGCUGGUGACUGGCCCAAGAUCACCCAGUGCUCUUCAUGGCUGAGUGGGGAUUCGAACUCAGGUCUCCCAAGUCUAACUGUUAAAUCACCCUGUUUAGGAAGCCUUCUGAACACCCUUGCUGUAUCUACACUGAAAUGUUGCCAGUGUUGCACCCUUUCAAUUCAUGUCUUUGAGUGGAGCAUUAAUGAAGAGCUUAGGAUUUCAGUUUCAGUUUCAAAGCCCCCCUUGGGCCACCUCCUCAUUUAUCUUACCCAUUUGCAAUGUGUUGUUUUUUUUUAACACGUCUUAAACGGCUUGUAAAAAAUAAAUGGAGUGGGAAGGCUGUCAGUGCAGUUCUCUUGGCUCUUUCAUUGCUCAUCCACUUAUUCCUGCAGAAGAACCAGAUGUGUCGGCAGGCAACUGUGGUCCUCUCUCUUUUUCUCUCUGUGUUUGAAUUACUAGUCAAAAGGAGUAGAAGCAGCAAUGCGGAACUGAGGCAAGUGCAUGGAGCUUUCCCGGCAAUCCCAGACUUCUAACUCGACAUUAACCCACAAGGAAGUUACUAUAAAAGUGCUCCGGAGGCUUUAAAAAUAAUCUUCGUAGGAGGGUGCUGUUUAAUAUUUAUCAUCCUAUUGUCUGCAUGUUUUAUAGUUGUGUGUAACUGUGGAAUAUAGCAACUGCUCUAACCAUUUAUCUUACGUCUGGGUCUUGCGCUGUGCAGAGGGCAAAAGACGCUGUUUGCACGUUAGUGGAAUCUGAAGCAGAGUGAAGGAAGUUGGGAGUGAAAUAAACAGUCCUAUGAAGUGUUGAUAAUAUAUUAUCAGCAGGAAGACUUGCUCAGAGGCGGAUGAAUUCAUUCCCAGGAAAUAAACUGUUGAAAAUGAGAAGAUGGAAUGUAGAUUGUUCUGGAGGAAGUUUCGUGGAUGUGAUAGAUGGAACUGAAACUUUGACAUUGUCCUGUGACCCUGUACUUUGACAUCUUCAAAAGUGUGUUCAGCGAACACCUUGACAAGUGAAUCACUUUCCUGGGGGGAAAAGUAACCAUUUUGGAAAUGAAUUGACCAUAUUGCAGACACUGUUUAAAAGCAAAUUUAAAAGCAACAAAACAUGAAAGUGUUUUCAGAAGUAUGUAGCUUCUGCAAACGAUGGCAAAAAAGACAAGUGUGCUUCUGUGAGAAAGAUAAGCAUCCUUGGGGGGGGGGUGUGCAUAGCAUAUAUCAGGUCAUUUGAAGUGUGGGUUAUUACAGACUUUGCAGAAUUUUCUUUAUUUGUUACAUUUGUGCCCUAUCUUUCUGUUAGGGUGUCCAGAAUGGUAUGUGGAUGGUAGUAUCAAGUUUUCCAAACAACGUUGUGAGGUAUGUUAGUUAGGCUCAGAGCUGGUGACUUGCCUGUGGCCUGUCAGUGAGUUUUAUGAGUAAAUAGGUAUUUGAACUCAAGUCCUGUUCUAAUGGCUGCUUCAGCACAUUGCGGAAUGCUACAGGGAACUGUUUUGUCCUCGUGGAUAUUCUUAAGGUCCAGAACUUGCUUGGCUUUGCUACUUUGCUUUUUCUAAUGGUAUUUCUGUAACUGGGAGAAGCAAUAUACACAGCCAGGAACAGCUGAAGAGCCAGAGAAAAUGUGUCCUGUAUUUGUGGGUUCCCGACUCAGGGUAGUUUUAGCAAUUUCUCCCAUCCAGAGUGGUGAUGCUGGGAGGAGCCAGAGGUUCUAGGUACCAAGUACGGCUGCUGCUUUGGUGGGGGCAGUGGGUAUGAAUGGGGAAUUGUGGAGCCGUCUGCAGUAGUAACUGAUGGAAUACUGUUGGGGAUUUGACUAGUGUUUUCAGAUAACUGGACUGAGCCUGUGAUUCUAUUUUAUCCUGUUAGCAUGGGAGUGGUCCUGUUUUCUAUUUUAAAUACUUUGGCUUGGAUCCAUGUUAAUGGAACAGGGCUUUCCUGCUCCCUUUUCCUCUGCAGCCCCCUGAAACCUUGCUGCUGUGAAUUGGUUGGCCCCUGGGAUAUUGAGGGGAGUGGUGGCAAUUUAGGACCUAAACCAUGAUUUAUACUGUAAUAAAUCUGAAAAGUUUGUUAUCUAGAAAAGUUUUUUCUGGAUAAAUAGCUUAAGGAUCUGUGGUAUUUCCAGAAUAGCAUGACGUUAAAUUAGGUUUCUCUGUUCUGUUUUUUAGGAUCAGAGACAUAGUGUGCAGUGAAUCAUUUACCCUUCUUGCCUUUUCUCUCUCUUUUGUAUAAAAACAGUUUCUCAGCUCUGUUUUUCUUCUUUGGUCUAAAAGAAGCUUUGGCAAAUGGGCACUGCCCUGGUAUGUAUACUGUGAUCUUUUAGGUGCCAAGUGAAGACCAGUUCCUGUUCUCCCAGACCUUUUAUUUACAAUCUUAUGUAUUGUUUUAGUUCUUGCACCAAGUUUCCCAUUGCUGGUUUUUUUGUUUGGCUGGUUUUAAGUAUUGUUGCUGCUGGGGGUUAUGCUGAUUUUAGUCAAGUUUUGCAGAGUUUUACUUUAUUUUGUUUAUUGUGUUGGGAAUUGUAUUUUGUAUAUUGUUUAUGUAAGCUGCCCAGAGAACUUUGCUGAUUGGUGGUUUAUAAAUUAAUAAGAAUUACAUUUAUAAACCAUCGAUCAGCAAUGUUCUUUAGGCAUCUUACAUAAACAAUAUACAACAUACAAUUCACUUUGACUUACAGUGUAUUAACAUCUUGGGAUUUGAGGGAUUCUUACCUGUAUUCCAAGUUCUCAGCAUAUUUCCUGUUUACUGUGGGUAUGUUUUUCUCUUAUCAGUUUCUUCUAGUUAAUCUUUCUUUUUCUGAAGUCUUCCUGUAGAUUGAUAUCUAUUGUGCUAUGCUGCUUUUAUCUCAACUUUCUAAAUAGUGAUUCUGAAGUACAGAUGCAUAUUUACACUGAUAAAUGAGAAACAAUCCUUCUUGACAAGUGAUGGUAUGCUACAUAUAUUCUAAAUUUGGGAUAGGUUGUGGUAAAUUGCCAUGGUUCAAGUGUCCUAUAUGGAGUGCCUAAUAUAGAUGUAGGACUUUACGUGGAUUCAUGUGAGGAGCCUUUCAGCUUUGAAGCUGGGAAUGGAAAUUGGAACCAAAUUCUUCUUCAUAUUACUAUGGCUGAAGAUGUCAUUGCAUGCAAAACAUCUUAUUCAGCAAACAUUGUCAACAACAAUCAUUUGUUUAGCAAACUUUUCUGCAAUACAUUACUCUGGAUUGUUUUGGGUUUUUUGGGUGGGAAGGGAAGCUAUUUCUGUCUCUUUGAAUUUGUACACUUUUCUAUUCCAAGAGCUCACAACAUGUACUAGCCUAAAUCAAAAUAUAAGCAAAUAGCUAAAGCGGACUCCAUAAAAUAAAAAUUCACACAGUUUCAACGGUUGAAAUCCCAGCUUCUCUUCUACUUCCCAGUAGAGCAGGCCAUUUCCCACUGACAGUGCCUCAGUUUUACCUGGAUUGGGCUUCAGUUUAUUGGCUCUCAUCUAGAUACCAAGACAAGACAACAGUCCAGACAUUCAUAGCCAAGCCUGCCAGAUGUAAAGGAGAGGCAGAGCUGUGUGUCAUUUACAUGUUACUGACAGCAUAAUUAUCAAAGUCUGGAUGACUCCACUCAGCUGUUUCAUGCAGAUGUUAAAUAGCAUAGGGGGUAAAAUCGAACUCUGAGGAACCGCACAUAGAAGGCUCCAUGGGGCUGAAGAGCACUCUCCCAAGUAGCGCCCUCUGGAAAUGCUCAUUCAAGUAGGACUGGAACCACUGCAAAGUUAACAAAGGACACAUAAACCCCAGUUUGAAUGGAUCUAGAAAAUCAGUUAUCUUCAAGAGCACUUGGAUCUGAUCUGCAACAUUAGUCUACUGAGUAUAUUUUUGGUCCAGGCUGGAUUUUGCUUAUUAAAUAGUUUUUCACAAUGUGAUGAUACAAGAUAUCAAAAAUAGUAGAAUGAAUGUGCAGUAUAGCUGGCAUCUCUUUUUAAGGAUUAAGAAAACCAGAACUGAAUUAGAAGUGGUCAUUUUUGUGUGUAUUAAUUUUCUGAUAAUAAAACUCUGGAUGAAGUAAAAAAAAGUCUGUUGCCUGGGAACUCUUAUGUUUCCCAAACUGAAAGUUGGUGAUUAACUAUCUAUGAAGUAUCUUGCGCUGCUGGUGACAGUUAUAUAAUGACCUGUCUUUCAUUCUUUUUAGAUACAGUUAUCAUUCUGCAGUGUUGGUUGCUGUGGAAACCAAGCUAUGUGAUACCCACAGUAGUUAAAGCAAAUUCAUUAUGUAAUAGUUAUAUACUUUUAUAUUGCACUAAUUACAGUAAUCUUGCAUUUGUACUAACCACAGGCAGUGAAUGCUAUAUAUAUGUAGUACAGUGGUAUCCCGGGUUACAUACGCUUCAGGUUACAUACUCCGCUAACCCAGAAAUAAUACCUCGGGUUGAGAACUUUGCUUCAGGAUGAGAACAGAAAUCGCGUGGCGGUGGCAUGGCAGCAGCGGGAGGCCCCAUUAGCUAAAGUGGUGCUUCAGGUUAAGAACAGUUUCAGGUUAAGAACGGACCUCCAGAACGAAUUAAGUACGUAACUAGAGGUACCACUGUACUGAUAUACAGUAAUAUAUUUUUUGGCCUAUCACAAAUAUGUGUUUCAGACUAUAGCGUUAAGAACAGAUAGUUUUCAUUUGGGAAUGUUAUUGGCUACUUUUCGCAGACAUCAUUUCCAUCGUAAAUGGAACUUCAGAAAGGGUGCAGUUCGCAGUAGAAAUUUAACUUUCAGCUUCCUGUACGCAUUUGUAUUGGUUAGGUUUGCAAAAAGUUACCACAUUUUUUAUAUGCAAAGAGUUGAUUUUAGAUAAACAAUGCUAAAUGAGGGCUACUUCCCACACACCCAUCUUUGGUAAUGUCUCUUAUGCAAUUAUUGGCUGAAACUAGCCUCUCUUCCCAGCGGUCUUGCUUCCUUGACUAUUAAAAGACGAUUUCCAAUCGAUAUGGAAACGAGCAGUGGAUAAUAUAAUAACAACUCUAGGAUUCAGUCCACAGUUCUUACUUAACAUGGGGAACGAGCAAGCAAAAACCAUUAUCAAACAGCGUGUGGUCUUCUUUCUUUGGCCAGGUCCCCCCAAUUUUUAAUUAGCGAAACUAGAAGAUACUCCACUUCCCAAAUGCCAUACAUAGCUAAUCUUGAAAUACCAAAACAACGAAGGGCUUUCGCCUUGACGCGUUGUCAGGCCUUCCCUUCAGCAGUUCAGGAAGGCAGUUAUAGGAAGAUACCAUAUGAGGAGAGGAAAUUCCCAUGUGGCUCUGGGCAGCAGGAAACAACGGAGCAUGCCCUUCUUCAUUGCCAGUAUUACAUAGACAUUCAAGCUAGGUUUAUCCAGCCCAUCCUAUAUAAGUUCCCUGGGCGUUCAGAACAACACUACAUCUCCCUAUUACUACAGGACGAUAGCCCAGAAGUCACAUAUUUAGUUGCCAGAUUUUGCCCUGCCAUGAUAGAUAUUCGUCGAAGGAUGGUCUAUGCUACAAAUCAGUCCUAAAUAGAAGGCCCAUAUUGUUAGAUCCGCACUUCUGAAGCCCCACCCCAUACAGCUGUUCUUUUUUAAUUGAUCUCCUUUAAAUUUUCCUUAUUGGUUUUUAUUCAUCCAUUACCUAUGCUUAAUCAAGUAUUCUAGGUAUAUGUUUUAAUCUACGUUUGGUUCUUGUUCCCAAUUAAUUUAAUAAUUAUCUGCUUAGAGAUAUUAUUAUGCUAUUUAUUUAGAUGUUUUGCUUCUGCUGGUCUGUGGCCGUAAUAAAGUAAAUUCAUUCAUUCUUAUGCAACAUGUCCCUGAAAAACCCUUGCAGUCAUGCCCCUGGAAGCCACAUGAUUGGUUGAGAAUCCUAAAAACUUAUUUUUUGCAUGUGUUCAGUUACACAAAAGUGCUUCAGAUGUUGCAGAAGAGAUAUGGUCAACUCAAAGUUGGGCACCUUAUAUUUGCUGUAAUGUGUGAAGUGGCUCUGAUCAUUGUUGAAAAUAUUGGUGUAUAGUGGCAGACUUUAAGUUUUCAUUGCCUUUGCUCCCUGGAGAAGGAUGGGUUUAAUUUCUUCUUUUGCUUUUUAGUACUUUUUUUGUGGGGGGCAGAGAGUUAAUUUUUUUUCUGUGACACAAUUUGAUUCUAGUGCUCUGGCUGUUGAGGUCAUGUUGUUCCUGCUUAUAUUUGGUGUUCUUUUGUCAGCAUGCUUUCUGAAGGGAUCAACUGCUGUUCAUUCUUAACAUGAAUUGUUGAGCAGGGCUAGAAAUUCUGAUCGCUGCAGGCUUAUAGAUCAACAAAAAUAUUUAUUGAUUUCAUGUACCUAUUGCACGGGUGAUAAGGUUGGGAAAUAAUUUUCUUGAAGGAAUUUUUUUUACUUAGCUGUUCAACCAGCUUCGGACAACUAAAGCUUGGACCUCUUCAUUCAGUGCUAUGAGUUGCAUGGUGUGUCAGUUCUAUAAAGUUAAGAUCUCUCACCCAGCAAAGCGUGCAGGGUUGGUUUUAGCAGAGGCCUUUGGCUUGCUUGGGUGAAAUCCCUCCCAGUAUGCAGGCAUAUCCAUACGCUGGAAGGGGUUCACACAUGGAGACAUGAUCGCUACAUAUUUCAAGUUCCAUUUUGUUUUCUGGUAUUUUAUUUGACAGAAACUGUGGAUUCAGAAGGGAUCUUCAUUUUUCAGUAGCUCUUGUUCUAAGUAGCACCCCUGUUUUUUUAAAAAAACUUGUUUUGAACGUGAACUUAAAUCCCAUCGAUUUCCGUGCAGCUUAAUUCAGAGAAAUAAGGCAUGCUGCCUACAUGUCUCCAUGGACUGAAAUUGUCUUCUGUAUCAAUUUAUGGGUGAAACACUUAUUAAAUUGCUGGGUCAGCAUUAUUAUUUCUUGUAGUGAUAAGUAAGUAACUUAUCCACACUUGUAUUAGUUUUGUAAAAAAAGGGCUUAAAAUAAACAUUUCAAAGCAAAUGAUCAUGCUUACAGGCAUAUUUGAGAUUAUGGUGUUUUGUAAUUAACAAUGAAAGUAUAUCAUAUUUUUUGACUUUGUGGUCUGAUUGUUGCAAUUCCAAGUAUCUUUGAUUCUGUCUUCUCUUAGUAGUAACCUGAAAUGCUCCAGUAAGGUGGUACAAACAAAAACGUUGGCUAACAAGAUCUCUUUUCCAAAUUUAUUUAUCUCACUGCAAGCUGUUCUUCCAAAGUUACAUCUAAAGGGUUGGUUUUAUUUAUCUAAUGAAAUUCUUGCUCUGUUUAACAAUAGUUUUAUAUCUUUGUUCAGUAGUUAUUGUGACCUGGUCCCAAUAACAGAAGCAUCCUUGCAACAACAGAAACAUUCCUGUUCAGUGUUGUCAAUAGACAUUCCGUCUUUUAGGUGCCACCCUGUUCCUCUUGGCCCAGCUACAUGUCAGAAGAUAAUGCAGUAUCUCUUCUGAAGAGAAGGAAACUCCAUCCUACUAUACAUACUAUUCUUUAUGUAUUUUGCAAGAAGGAACUUUUUUCUUUGGUAUUUCCAAAACUCAUUCCUAUAUUUGUUUGUAUGCAAACAAAUAGGGAAAUAUAAUUGGCACUUCAAAAUAUGCCAUAUUUGAAAGAAUAUAUAUAGAAGAAGAGCCAUGUUCAUACAAACCAAAAGUUUUAAAAAUGCAAGAGGAUUACUGUUGAAUUUUGGUCCAAGGGUUGGUCUAUAAUAGUCAGCCAGAUGACCCUGGGAAACCCAUGGCUAGGCAUGAAGGAAAUACUCCUUCCUGAUAGUUUUUCCUCCCGUAAAUAGUUUUCAGUGGGAUGCUGAAUGGGAGGUUCCAUUUAGCCGUCAUGACUAAUAGAGCUCUAUCUCCCCUCUCUGUCCCCAAUUAGUCUAAUCCUCUUUUAAAGCUAUCUAAGCCAAUCUCCCGUCAGCACAUCCUGUGGCUUUCAAGUCCAUAAAUUAAUUGUACGUUUUGUGAAGAAGUAUGCACUGUUGUCCUCCCUGAAUCUACAGUCUGCCACUCAGUUUCAUUGGGUAACCUUGGAGGAGCUAGAAUUACAUGAGAGGCAGAAAAAAUUCUCAAUAUGUACCCUCCCCAUAACAUCACGGAAAAGCUGCAACCCUUCUUGAGUAGCAUUUAUACUGAAGAGCCUCUGUCAAUGCCUAAAGAUGUGGGUGUUGCUCGCCUUUGAAAAGUAUUCAUCAAAGGCAAGCCAUUAAAUUAGGUUAGUUAAUUUUAAUUGUUUUAUACAAUGUUGUUCAGUUUAAACUGUUUAGUUGAGUUAGCUUAUAUUUAUAAUUUCAAUAAAGUACUGUAUGGAUUGGGUUUUUUUGGUUUGGCUUUUACUUAUUAAUAUUAUGAUUGCUUUUAAUUAUUUCUGAUCUUUUAAAAUUGUUAUUAUUCAUUUGAUAUUCUAUCAGUUACAUUGGGCACAAUUUUGUGGGAAAGCCUCAUGCAAAUAGAUAAUGCAGUGAUUUAUAAACCAAGAUUCCAUUCCAGUUGUGCCAUGUGUUAAACCUUUGCUGAGUAACAAAGUUAUGUCUGAGCUUCUACACCUAUUAAAGGAGGGCAAACCAGCACGUUACAAUAUGGUUGUUGUUUUUAAAGCAGGCACUUCCAGUUUACUGCCAAUCAUCUUGGUUAUAUUUCACUGCUGUCUGGAACAUACAUGUGUAGGAGGGUGACUUACUGAAUGUAUUAAAUGCCCACAUUGUUUGUCUUUGGGGGCGUUAUUCAUAUAUCUGAUUACUAUAGAAUUAAUAUUCUGGAUAUAGAAUAUGGUCUCUCACAGCUUACUGAAUAGAUUACUGAAUAGGAGUGGACUAUUGGAUCGGGUGGAGUGGUCAUUUGGAUUGGCUUCAAAGAUAGCCAGUUGCGGAUUCAGUUGAGCUCCCUCAUUGCCUUCCUUGGUAGUUUGCAUUUGGCUAGAGACCUUAUUGUAUGUGGGAUAAUGACCCUCUCUAUACCACACAGCAACACACUUAAAUACUACCAGGAGUCUUGUUUGGUUGGUGUUACACGUGAUUAUAGGGAUGCGGAUGGCACUGUGGUCUAAACCACUGAGCCUCUUGGGCUUGCUGAUCAGAAGGUCGGCGGUUCGAAUCCCCAUGACGAAGUUGCUCUGUCCCAACUCCUGCCAACCUAGUAGUUUGCAAGCACGCCAGUGCAAGUAGAUAAAUAGGUAGUGCUGUGGCAGGAAGGUAAACGGCAUUUCCGUGUUCUCUGGUUUCCAUCACGGUGUCCUGUUGCGCCAGAAGCGGUGUGGGAUGUUUUAAUAUUUUGUUGUGUUUUCCUAAAAAAGAGGGUAGGAAGGCCAACAGUGGUGUGAUUGUUUGGGAUGGGAAACCUACUUGCAUCUUGCUAAUUUGUCAUGCUUAUUUCAAAAGCUGCUUCUUUGCUGUGUCUCAUGAAGAAGAAUUCUUUCUCUGAGCUGCUUUGAAUUCAUUUGAAUCCAUUUUUAAAUUUAGCUUUUCAAAGCUUUGUUUCAAGCUCUUGUUUCAAGCUGUCUUCUCUUGCCUUUAAUAUAGACAAAUGCAUAAAGAAAACUUCAUGAUUUACAAGCUUGUGAUAUGUAAUGACUGUGAAAUAUCUAGCAGUCGUGUUUAAGGGCAUGACACAGAUAGUAAAUUUGUUGGCGUAGAAAUUAUAAUCGGGCUUCACUAACUCCAUUCUGCCUGGACCAACAACAGACACUUUGCCUGUUUCUGGGAUAGGGAUGGAGACAGAGGAAGGUAAUAUUACUGUGGCUGUGUAAGGAGCAGGGUGUGGCACUACGGAUCUAUCAGACUCAAGGCCCUGAUGUACCAGGAGAAGCUCAGAUGCAAAUGGAAAGUGUUUGGACCACACAAAGGUAGAAAAGGCAUUGAGAUAUGAGAAGUGGAGAAGAGAGAAAUAAAAGAGUUGAGGUACCAAUAGUUACCUGUUCCAAAGAGAGUAGGAGUGGGUUUCCUGAGUUUCACAGGUUUUUGAACAGAGGGAUUGGUUUGGAAACGAAGGUAUGCAUUGUGGCUACAUGCACCUUCUGAAUUCCACUUUGUAAGUAUUUACUGAAAUGUUUCUUCAAUGGAGUGGCAAUGAUGUGGAAUCUAAAAGGUAAUGUAAGGUAAAGGACCCCUUGACGGUUAAGGUGUCAAAGGUGUCUAUGGGGUGCGGCGCUCAUCUCGCUUUCAGGCCGAGGGAACUGGUGUUUGCCCAAAGACAGCUUCCUAGUUCAUGUGACCAGCAUGACUAAACGGCUUCUGGCGCAACGGGACACUGUGACGGAAACCAGAGCGCACGGAAAUGCUGUUUACCGUCCCAUCACAGCGGUAUCUAUUUAUCUACUUGCACUGGCAUGCUUUCGAACUGCUAGGUUGGCAGGAGCUGGGACAGAGCAACGGGAGCUCACCCUGUCAUGCAGAUUCGAACCGUUGACCUUCUGAUUGGCAAGCCCAAGAGGCUCAGUGGUUUAGACCACUGUAGGCCACCCUAGAGUUCUGUACCAUAAAUUAGGUUGAGAUGGGAAUUCUAGACCAAGAUGGGUAUCCUAAAGUGAAAACGAUGGACCACUCUGGGGCCUGGGCUGAAGUCUGGUAUCUGAAGUCUAAACUGUUCUUGGCCUUGAGGGCAAAAUAGUGAGGUGUCAAUGGAUUUUCCUGUGCAAAAUAGAGAUGGAAGAUAUUUUCAGAGAUACAAAUGAUUACUGUUUAUGUUACCAGUGGAGGCAGUUCUUGCUGGGGAAGCCACUUUUUUCUUGCCAGGAUGGCCUUAAUGAAGGCACUUGCUGGUAUUGGCAGUUAGCCAAUAGAUCAGGCACAAUUAGGUCAUGCGUCUGGAGCACUUUAUGUUUGCAGACAUUGCAGAGAAGUUAGUCUCCUAUUAUUGAAGAUAGCUUGUGUGCAGCUAGGCUUACUGCUUCUUUCAUCCUUGUCUUGCACAGCCUCCUGUAGAGCAAUGCUAAAGAAGCUAAGGUGUUUAGCAGCAUGCACAGAAUACUAGCCAGACUGGCCACCUGUAAAAUGCAGCCAAAGGCUGACUCUCCGUAAUGAUAGUUCUAUUGUAAAUAGAUACACCUUCAAGCUUCUGUUUAUUUUUAUACUUUCUUUGAGGGGUUAACAACAGGUAGCCUCUCCCCCCUUCACUGUUUAUUGCACAGAAAUUCUCUGUACCUGAAGCACCUGUGAGAAAGGCUGCAGUGGGAUGUUGUUGUUGUUGUUGUUGUUUAGUCGUUUAGUCGUGUCCGACUCUUCGUGACUCCAUGGACCAGAGCACGCCAGGCACUCCUGUCUUCCACUGCCUCCCGCAGUUUGGUCAAACUCAUGCUGGUAGCUUCGAGAGCACUAUCCAGCCAUCUCGUCCUCUGUCGUCCCCUUCUCCUUGUGCCCUCCAUCUUUCCCAACAUCAGGGUCUUUUCCAGGGAGUCUUCUCUUCUCAUGAGGUGGCCAAAGUAUUGGAGCCUCAGCUGAAAGAUCUGUCCUUUCAGUGAACACUCAGGGCUGAUUUCCUUCAGAAUGGAUAGGUUUGAUCUUCUUGCAGUCCAUGGGACUCUCAAGAGUCUCCUCCAGCACCAUAAUUCAAAAGCAUCAAUUCUUUGGCGAUCAGCCUUCUUUAUGGUCCAGCUCUCACUUGCAUACAUCACUACUGGGAAAACCAUAGCUUUAACUAUACGGACCUUUGUCGGCAAGGUGAUGUCUCUGCAGUGGGAUAGUGAUUGACAUUUAAAAGAUGUUAUAUUUCUGUUUCAGCUUGAUCACCUGUGUUCAGUCAGAAGUCCCAGUUCUAGAGAUAGAUCUGGAAUCUUUGAAUCCUCUGCCAUAGUUAAGGCACUUAGUGGGGUGAGCUAUGAGUACUGUCACUUUUUUUAGCCAUGUGUAUUAUAAAUAUAUUUGUUUCUUCACAUUCCUUUCAGUGUUUGAAACUCCCAUUGUUCUAGGCGCAUUUUGCGACAGGGAAUUUCAUCAGUGCAAGCUGUUUCUGAUCUCUGGGCGCAGUACUGUACCUAAGAUUUCAGAUUAAAACGACAGAGUGGAAGGAAAGGAGGACCUUUUCCUGCCUCCCCACUUCUAGCUACUCUCUGAAGACUGGAGAAGAGACCUUCUUAAGAAUAUUAGGGGGGGUGGGGCAGGGGAAGGACUAGACCAUGUGAAAAAUGAACAUAAUAUUUUAGCUGCAGUUCAUUUUCAACUUUGUAUUCUUGUUGUUAAAAAAGCACAACUAGACAUUCCGUUGUUGCACCCAUAACCUAGGCACAAUUUAGCUCCUUUCUUUCAUAUGUCAGUUUCUAACACUGAUUCGUCUGGAAAAAGGUGCGUAGACGUCUUUUUAAGGCUAAGGACCAGGAAAGUGGGAUGGUGUACCUGGGAAUUCAUCAUGUUUUGAACACUGUGGACCAGAAUUCUUUCAGUGCUGUUGUACUGAGGAACAUAGUCUGGUGGUUUGCCAGUUCCUUCUGAGAUACCACACCCUCUUACUUUAUGGCCAUCACACAAUAGGGGACUUGAAAAGUUUCCAAAUUAAAACUUAGUACCUUCUGCUCACUGGAACAGUUGUAUUGUAUUUACAAGAAUAAACAUGCAAGGAAAAUGGAAAGGGACCAUAAGUAGGAGGCAGGUAUUGAGGCUUGGUUGAAAUAUCCUGGAGAUGUUUUGUUAUGGUUGAUAUUCAGUGUUACGCAGCAUAGACUGAUCGAAAAUGUUUGACUUGCAUAACUAUUUCAGUGAUUCUGCUGUGAGUAUGAACUUGGUGAGAACUGCCACAUAGUUCUUCAAGUAUUUUUGUUUUUCUUAAAGACCAGCCCAACCUGCCAUUUAUUUACAGAAUUUUUAUGAUGCUUUCUAGGACCAAGGCCCUUUCAAAGUGUCUGGCAAUCAAAAUCAUAAUAAGCUGUAGCAAAACAACAUCAAUACAAACUUUAAAACUACAUUUUUUAAAAAUAAAAAAUAUAUCUUUAUCCCUGCCUAAAAUUCAAUAAGGAGGGAGCCAGCCAGGGGGAAGUAGUUUCACAAACAGGAUGCCACAACUGAGAUGGCACCACACUAUAUACUAUGCUUAGCUGUGAGAGUGCAGUUGUACCUUGGAUCCCAAAUGCCAUGGAAUUCGGACAUUUUGGCAUGGAAGUGAUUGUUCCGGUUUGUGACCGUUCUUUUGGAACCUGAACGUCCGACAGGACUUCUGCAGCUUCUGAUUGCCUGCAGGAGCUUUCUACAGACAACCAGAAGCCGUCAUUUGGUUUCCGAACGUUUUGGAAGUAGAAGGGACUUCCGGAACGGAUUCUGUUUGACUUCCAAGGUACUACUGCACAAGGAAGGCCUUCCCAGCAGAUCUUAAGGCAUGGUCUGGCAGAUAAUGGAAAAGGCACCCCUUCAAGUACGUGGAAUGCAGGUUGUUCAGGACUUUAUAUGGCAACAACAAAUCUUGAAUUGAGUUGUAUCAUAUUGGCAGACAAAGCAGUUUGUACGUGUACGUUAUCUAUUUUAUUAAUUCAAAAAAAUUAUGUACUGCUUGAUUGGGGGUGGGGAACCACAAAGGGUUUUUUGUGUUACAUGGCCCCAAACAGAAGUACCACUCACAAUCCUGAUACUGCACCAGUUGCAACUUCAGGAUUAUCUUCACAAGUAGCCCAGUAUAAAGCACAUUGCAGUAUGUUAAAUGUAAGUUUACCAAAGCAUGGAUAACUGUUACUAAGUUAUCCUGGCCCAGGAACAGCUGCAGCUGUGGCCACUGAUGCCACCUGGGCUUCGAGUGACAGUGCAAAAUCAAGGAGUACUCCCAAGCUACAAAAUUGUUCCUUCAGGAGGAGUGCAACCUCAUCUAGCAUAGGCCAUACCUCCAAAUCCCAGACACAAGAACCAUCCAUUAGCUGCACCCCCAUCUUGUUGGCAUUCAGCUUUAGUUUAUUGACCCUCAUCCAGCCUGCCUCCAGACACCAGUCCAGCAUUUGGAGAGCUUCACCUCAUUCAUACUGGGGAGAGAGAAAACUAGGUUCCCCCUGCAUAUUGAUGGCGCCAUGUUCCACAUUACCAGAUGACUACCCCCAUCAGUUUCAUAGAGCUGUUAAACAGCAUAGAAGACAGGAUGGACUGCUGCCGAACCCCACAGCAUAGUAGAUGAGGGACCAAGCAGUAGUCCUGAAAUGCUACUCUGUAAAUGACCCAAAUUAUGGGUCAUUAUAACUGUAAAUGACCAAAUUAUGACUGUAAAUUAUUUGACCCAAAUAAUUACCGCCCAGUCAGUCUGACAUCAAUACCAGGGAAGAUUCUGGAGCAGAUCAUUAAGCAAACAGUCUGUGAGCACCUAGAAAGGAAUGCUGUGAUCACCAAUAGUCAGCAUGGAUUUCUGAAAAAUAAGUCAUGUCAGACUAACCUGAUCUUGUUUUUUGACAGAAUUACAAGCCUGGUAGAUGAAGGGAACGCAGUGCAUGUAGCCUACCUUGAUUUCAGCAAGGCAUUUGACAAGGUGCCCCAUGAUAUUCUUGUAAAGAAGCUGGUAAAAUGCGGUCUUGGCUAUGCUACCACUCAGUGGAUUUGUAACUGGCUGACUGACCGAACCCAAAGGGUGCUCAUCAAUGGUUCCUCUUCAUCCUGGAGAAGAGUGACUAGUGGGGUGCCACAGGGUUCUGUCUUGGGCCCGGUCUUAUUCAACAUCUUUAUCAACGACUUGGAUGAUGGACUCAAACUGGGAGGGGUGGCUAACACCCCAGAGGACAGGAUCACACUUCAAAACGACCUUGACAGAUUAGAGAACUGGGCCAAAACAAACAAGAUGAAUUUUAACAGGGAGAAAUGUAAAGUAUUGCACUUGGGCAAAAAAAUGAGAGGCACAAAUACAAGAUGGGUGACACCUGGCUUGAGAGCAGUACAUGUGAAAAGGAUCUAGGAGUCUUGGUUGACCACAAGCUUGACAUGAGCCAACAGUGUGACGCGGCAGCUAAAGCCAAUGCAAUUCUGGGCUGCAUCAAUAGGAGUAUAGCAUCUAGAUCAAGGGAAGUAAUAGUGCCACUGUAUUCUGCUCUGGUCAGACCUCACCUGGAGUACUGUGUCCAGUUCCGGGCACCACAGUUCAAGAAGGACACUGACAAACUGGAAUGUGUCCAGAGAAGGGCAACCAAAAUGGUCAAAGGCCUGGAAACGAUGCCUUAUGAGGAACGGCUAAGGGAGCUGGGCAUGUUUAGCCUGGAGAAGAGGAGGUUAAGGGGUGAUAUGAUAGCCAUGUUCAAAUAUAUAAAAGGAUGUCACAUAGAGGAGGGAGAAGCGGACACGGAGCAAUGGAUCCAAACUACAAGAAAGAAGAUUCCACCUAAACAUUAGGAAGAACUUCCUGACAGUAAGAGCUGUUUGACAGUGGAAUUUGCUGCCAAUGAGUGUGGUGGAGUCUCCAUCUUUGGAGGUCUUUAAGCAGAGGCUUGACAACCAUAUGUCAGGAGUGCUCUGAUGGUGUUUCCUGCUUGGCAGGGGGUUGGACUCGAUGGCCCUUGUGGUCUCUUCCAACUCUAUGAUUCUAUGACUCUAUGAUUCUAUCAUUCUAUGACCCUGCAGGUAGGAGAGGAAUCGCAGUAUCAUUAUGCUUUCAAUUCCCAACCCGUAUUGGCCUGAAUAUAAGCCUCACUUUCCCCCCAAAUUCCGACCGUGAAAAGUUAAAGUGUGGCUUAUAUUCGCGACCUUACGGUAUGCAGCCAAGAAGCCCCCCCCCCCCCGUAUGCAGCCAGGAGCAGCAAGGAAUGGAGCAGUUUAUAUUUGGAUAUUUUUUCUUUUUUUUCUCCCCCCCGGUCCAAUUUUAUAGGUGCAGCUUAUACUCGGGUGUGGCUUAUAUUUGGGCCAAUACGGUACAGUGGUGCCUCGCAAGACGAAAUUAAUCCGUUCCGCGAGAGUCUUCGUCUAGCGGUUUUUUCGUCUUGCGAAGCAACCCUAUUAGCGGCUUAACGGAUUAGCGCUAUUAGCGGUUUAGCGGCGAUUCAAGGGUUAUUGGGGUAUGGGAUUAGCUGCUAAACGGCUCUUACUGGCUAUUAAAGGCUUAGCAGAUUAGAUCAAGGGGGGGUGGGGAAGCGGAAAAAAAAUCUCUAGACUCGCAAGACAUUUUCGUCUUGCGAAGCAAGCCCAUAGGAGAAUUCGUCCUGCGAAGCAACUCAAAAACGGAAAACCCUUUCGUCUAGCGGGUUUUCCGUCUUGCGAGGCAUUCGUCUUGCGGGGCACCACUGUACUUGAGGAGGAUUGCAUUGUUGAUGGUCUUAAAAGCUGCUGAUAGAUCAAGGAGAAUCAAUGGUUUCACACACAACUUGUGUCUCUUUUCAAAUAAAGGUUAUCAUCCAGGGCAAUGAAAACUGUUUCAGUGCCAAGAAGCCAGAUUGAACCUUCCCCUUCCUCACAGAUUAUCCAGCCUGUAAUCCAGGUCCUAGAAAAAACCAAUUCAACCUUCUUAAACUAAAUGUAUCCCCAUGCAUCAUAAAACAAAACACUACCUGUGGAACCUGACAAAGUUAAGGAAAAACAAACCUAAUUCAUCAAAACAUCUAUCUUAUUAUAAGCCUUACCUUAUCUUAUAUCUCAUUAGCAGUAUAUAAACUCCACUCAAAUAUAUAAACCAAGACUUGAAAACCUCACUUUAGCAAACCCCUCUAACAGAGUACUCAACAGAACACCUCUUUACCAGAGCAUUUGAACAAACUUCACACUUUAUAACCUCACCUUUCAUAUAGGUAAAGGUAAAGGGACCCCUGACCAUUAGGUCCAGUCAUAACCGACUCUGGGGUUGCGUUGCUCAUCUUGCUUUAUUGGCCGAGGGAGCUGGCGUACAGCUUCCGGGUCAUGUGGCCAGCAUGACUAAGCCGUUUCUGGCGAACCAGAGCAGCGCACGGAAAUGCUGUUUACCUUCCUGCCAGAGCGGUACCUAUUUAUCUACUUGCACUUUGACGUGCUUUCGAAUUGCUAGGUUGGCAGGAGCAGGGACCGAGCAACGGGAGCCCACCCCAUCACGGGGAUUUGAACUGCCGACCUUCUGAUUGGCAAGUCCUAGGCUCUGUGGUUUAACCUUUCAUAUACCUCCACACUAAACCUCCACACUAAAGAAUCUUCCACCUAGACAACUAGUCCGUUAAUAGAUUGACAGCUUCAGCAAAUCACAGUCCACACAGUCGCAGGUCAAAAUUCCCGACACUGACAACUUGAAACAACUACCUGGUUCAAAGAACCAAGAAGAAUACGUCCAAAGACACAGCCCAUGGUCAAAGAACCAUGAAAACACUUGUGUAACCUUUUCUCUGACCUUGUACCUGCCUUUACCCUUUGGGAGAAAAAAACUGAAACAGAUUGAAAUGGGUCCAGGUAAUCCAGUUCCUGCAAGCAUGCCCGAAGUUGCUGAGCCACCACCCUUUCUGCAAAGCUUAGUCGUACAAGUUUGUUAAACUUCAUAAUGUUGCAACACAGGAGUGUAACUCUUUUUGCUGGUGCAUUGUAAGGAAUUUAUAUACUUCUAUAUUCUGUUGCACUUUGGGGAACAGUGAGCCUCUCCCUGCUACAUGCUAAAGAAGUAAGCAACUUCAGUAAUAAUAUGGCUCUUCAAUAUUCCCCUCCCCCUUAUUUCCAUCAUAGUAUUGAGGACUUCCUAGAAAGUAAAUCAUGAACCUCAAUUUAAGAAUCAUUCUUUAGUUAAUAAUCUCAAAAAAGAUCAAAUAUUUCAAACACUUCCCCUGCAUAUACUGAAUGUUUGAUUAAAUGCGAUGUAACUAAAGAUGUAGUGAAAACACCAGGAGCUCAUUAAAGAUCCCCAUAUGAGCUUUAGAAGCACUUGAAUUCUAGUUUGUAAUUUCAAGGCUGAGAGUUUGAGUAAUUUUAGGGAUUCUUGUACUUGCUUGGAAAAAAGAUCUGAGAUCUUUCAAAAUAAGCAAAUUGGAAGAUGUAUAAUAUUUGCUAAGGCAAGUCUGUCUAUUUCUAAGUGUAACUUAGCUUUGCAGAUAACCUAUGGUUACCAGAUUUUUUGCAAUGAAUCCGGGGACACAUUUUUUUUUGGAAGCUGAGUAGCAACAGGGAGUCAGUAGUGGGGAUGGUGAGGCAAAAGACCCUGGGCCCAAGCACAAUGCAUAUUGUAUAAAUGGGCAAAGCCCUUCUUUCGCACCCUGUGAAACAAAAAUGUGCAGAGUUUUUGAAAAACAGGGCAACGGCGCGCCGCCCACCCGCACCUCCCAAGCCUCCUCCGAUCUGUCAAAACAGGGGGAAGGGGACAGGCGAUCGAGGGAAGACUCGCGAGUCAUGGGCAGGCGGUGUGCCGCUGCCCACGAGGGGCGCAGGGUUCGUGGUUUCUCUGCUGGGCAAGGUGCAAAGCCCUUCUUUCGCACCCUGUGAAACAUAAAUGUGCAGAGUUUUUUAAAAACUGGGCAACUGCGUGCCACCCACCUGUGACUCCCAAGCCUCCCCCGAUCUGCCCGCUUUUUGACUGAAGGGCUUUGCACCUUGCCUGACAGAGAAACUGCUCACCUUGCGCCCCUCCUGAGUAAUGGCUGCCCACCCGCAACUCCUGAGCCUCCCCCGAUCUGUCACAACAAAGGGGGAAGGAGAUCUGUACUGCCGGACGUCCCUGGUUUCCCUUUGGCAGUGGCGGCGGCAGCAAGCAGCGAGCAGCUCCUGAAGCCAGCCAGAGCCAACUGCGCUACCAGGCUGGCUCCGGGCUUCUGAGGCUGCCACUGCCACAUUUCCCGGGGACAGAUUUGCAAAUCUGGGGACAUUCCAGGGACGGAAUUUGACCGGGGACAGAUUUGCAAAUCCGGGUACUGUCCCCGGGAACCGGGGAGGUCUGGUAACCCUAAGAUAACCUAUUCCAGCAAUGCAGAUGUUUUCAAGCUUUGUAUAAAGCCCAUGAUGUAAAUAGCAAGCUUGCUCUUUGUAUUCCUGAAAUAUUGCUACCUUUCUAUUCUAUCAGAAUAAAAAUUCAUUGAGACUUGAAAAGCUAUAUACUCAAAUGUGAAUCAAAACUGAUCCAAAUUUUUAAAAUCAUUUUACUUAUUAUUUAUUUCUCUCCUUUGGUAGGAACUUAAGAAAUAGUCUAGGAAGGGAAAACAAUUUCUGGUCAGACUGCAACUUACUAAUGAAUACUUUUGGGAGAGAGUCAAAAGAUCAAGGCAUGUGUUCUGGAUUAUAAAAAGGAAUUUAGAUGCCAAUGUCUUACGUUUCAUUUUCUUAAAUCUUUCUUCAGUAAGAGAGCAGUUACAGCAUUAAAAAAACAAACAAAGUCAUUUUGUACUGUAGUUGGUAAAUCUUCAUUUCUGUAACAUUGUGUGGUAGCUGAUUAAGUCCUGUGAUUUUGAGUUCAAGAGUUUUUCAAGGCUUGUGCUUGUUUUGCACAUAUGUAGUAAAUGUUACUGCACAGUAAAUUAUGAAAUCACUAAACAAAACACUACUUAAAUGUCUGAGCUUGCCGUCAAUUAGUAAUGCCUUGUUCAGAAUAAUUUAGAUGGUAUUUUUGCUUUAGGAGUUCUUGGUAAGUAUAAAUUGAGGAUUUUCGAACUUUAACUGAAAUUCUGAGGUUUAAAUUAUUAGUACUUGGAGCUCUACUGUGUUCAGUGGGAGUUACUUUGAGGUAAUAUUUCUAGGUUUUCCAUUUUUAAAAGUUCAUAUAUAGUAGCUGUUGCUUUAUGGGAAAGCCUUGCAAAAAAAAAAAUCUGUUUUCAGAUAGUACUGAUCAGCUCAUGUUCCUUCUCAAUAUUUUUUCUUACUGAUAUUUUACGCCAUUGACCAGUUAUGAAGGCUUGACUUUAUCUUCUGAUUUUCCCAUCUUUCUUUCCUCCUGUGUUCAAUAUGCUGCCCAGUUAUAUUGUUUCUCCCCUUGUAAAUAUGUACCAAAAUGUAUAAAACACAAUAUCCAAUUGACAAAAGCACAAAGCGAUAAAUUAGUUCUUAAAAAUAAGAAUCUGUAAUUUACUGUAAUUGGUUUUUAAUUGCAGAAUCUCUGAUCAGAUGCUGAUAAUCAGAUGACCGACAGGAUGCUUGUAUCACUGUUUACGUUAAAGGUGCUUUAAUGAUGAGCAUGUAGACUAGACCAUUAAAUGCUAUAAGAAAUAAGGUGAUUAAGACAAAGCAGAUAAACUCUGAGGUGUCUUUGACAGUACAAUUCAAUGCAUGCUGACAUGCAGAACUACAUCUCAAAAUUUAGGACACAUAGAGGAGAGUUUUGUUCUGGUUUGUGUGUUUAUUUGUAAAGGCAAACCACAUUCAUUUAUUAUUAUUUAUUAUUUAGUAAAUUUCUAUACUUCCCUACACCUGUAGAUCUAAGGGCUGUUCACAACACUUCUCUUGCUCUAGUUUCAUUGAGUUCAAAGUGACUUCCUCCUAGGUCAGUGAGUACAGGAUUACAGUCGGAGAGUUCCCUAAAUGUUAAUAAAUUCUGUUGGACUCCGGCUCCCAUCAGCCUCUUCUGGUAUGGGCCAUUGAUUAGGAAUGAUGACAGUGGUUGUGCAGCAACAUCUCAGGGGCCACCUUUUCUACCUCCUUGUUUCAAAAUUGCAGGAAACUUGGUUCAGUGGUUGAACCUACCACAUGCUUGCUAGUUUUGUCAGGAGUAUUUGUCACAUGCUUUGCUAUGAACUAUCCAUUUUUGUGUGUGUGGGAGACUCUACUGAAAAAACUCAGUGGCUGAUAGCUGCAUUUUUAAUCUGCUGUGAUAAAAAUAGAAUUGAGAAGGUGUAAAAGGAAGAUGAUACAUAUCAAAAGGGAGGGACGUAUCUGUAGUGGUAUAUUUGCAAUGUGGAAGGUACCUGAAGGGUGGCAGUAUUUAGCAAGCACAGCAGUUUUUGUCGUCCCGCAAAGACAUGUAUAAAGUACCAAUUUCUGUAUUUGGUAAAGUGCUAAUAGAAACUUACGUCGUUUAGGUCCAACAGGACUCCAAAACACAGGAGAAAGCUCUGGGCUUGUAUGUUUCUUUUAAUGACUGUUGCAGAUGACCUAACAAACUUUAAAGCGGAGAUAGGAACCUGUGGCUCUCCAGAUUAUGUUGGAUUUGAACUCGCAUCAGCCCAAUUCUGCCUGGCCAAUGUUAACGGCUGAUGAGAGCUGUAAUUGAACAACAUUUUGAGGGCCACAGGUUUCCCCGUUGCUCUAAUGCCUUCCUGAAUAGGAACCCCCUGUUUGCCUGUGAAUUGCACCCACGUACAAGAGGUCUGUUUUAUUCACAGUGGGCAGUGUGUGAACAUGAACAACUGAAGACUUAGUGUGUGAAUUAUGGUAGGGUUUACAUAGAAGUUUCAUUUUCCAGUUUUCUCAAGCUUCUCCAGCAAGCCAGUCUUAGAGUUGUGUCCAGUGCUGUCUGUGUGGAAGUGAAACAGACUUAAGAUCACAUAGUGAGACUUCAUCUUCCUUUCCCCACUCCUGCAACCUCCUGUGCACCCUCAAAAUCUGCUCUGGAGAGUUGGGGGAUACUCUGGAGCAGAUUUUGAGUGUGCAGGCAACAUUGGAUUCUGUCUUUAGUAGUUAAAGAUAAAGGGACCCCUGACCAUUAGGUCCAGUCGCGGACGACUCUGGGGUUGUGGCGCUCAUCUCGCUUUACUGGCCGAGGGAGCAGGCGUACAGCUUCUGGGUCAUGUGGCCAGCAUGACUAAACAGCUUCUGGCGAACCAGAGUAGCGCACGGAAACACCGUUUACCUUCCCGCCGGAGCGGUACCUAUUUAUCUACUUGCACUUUGACGUGCUUUCGAACUGCUAGGUUGGCAGGAGCAGAGACCGAGCAACGGGUGCUUACCAUGUUGUGGGAAUUCGAACCGCCGACCUUCUGAUUUAAUAGUUAGGUAAAAGUAAAGGGACCCCUGACUGUUAAGUCCAGUCACGGACGACUCUGGGGUUGUGGUGCUCAUCUCGCUUUACAGGCCAAGGGAGUCGGCGUUUGUCCGCAGACAGCUUCCGGGUCAUGUGGUGAGCAUGACUAAGCCGCUUCUGGUGAACCAGAGCAGCGCACGGAAACACCGUUUACCUUCCCGGUGGAGCAGUACCUAUUUAUCUACUUGCACUUUGACGUGCUUUCGAACUGCUAGGUUGGCAGGAGCAGGGACCGAGCAACGGGAGCUCACCCCAUCGUGGGGAUUCGAACCGGUGACCUUUUGAUUGGCGAACCCUAGGCUCUGUGGUUUAGACCACAGCGCCACCCUGUCCUGUCUUUAGUAGUUAGUUGUGUGUAAUUCUAAUUUAGCCUUUCCCAACCUGGUGCCCUCCAGAUGCUUUGGACUGCAACUCCCAUCAUCACGGACGCUUGGCCAUGCUGCCUGGGUCUGACGAGUUUUGUAGUCCAAAACUUGUAGAGGGCACCACUUUGGGAAAGACUGAUUUAGCGAAUGCUGAAAGCAAUAUGUUUUCCUUAAUUCUAAUGCGGGCUGUGUAUGUAUUCAAAUGAAAUGUCUCUUGAUUUGUUUAGGAGUGGCAUUUCAAGCUGCUUACUUUAAAGUUUGGAGUGACUGAUUCAUUGCAGUUAAAGCCAAGAGGUUUGUCUCCUUUAAUGGUGCAUGUAAAAUCUUCCUCCCAUUUUGGCUUAAAAUUUCAAUUUUCUCCGUAUUUGCAUUUCUUAUGACUUGAUUAUGUUAUGCUUUCAUGCAUGCACAGAAUAUAAAUCAGAUGCCACAGCAAACUCCAGCAUCUGAUUAGAAAGGGUUUAUUGCAAGAUGGCGAGAUGUCUAUCAUUGCCUCACAAAUGUAUUGCACAAUAUCCUUUUUGAACACUGCAAAUGUGCACUGCUGGACAGUUUCUGACUUGCAGCAGUAGUAGUAGUAAUAAUAAUAAUAAUAAUAAUAAUAAUAAUAAUAAUAAUAGUGUUAUUUAUAAUCCGCCCAUCUGACUGGGUUGCCCCAGCCACUCUGGGUGGCUUCCAACAGAUUAUAAAACAUCAAGCUUUCCUAUACAUGACUGCCUUCGGAUGUCUUCUAAAAGUCAGAUAGUAGGCAGAUUGAUCGACCCUUCUUCUAGGCAAAGCCUGUAGAGAAUAACUGGAAGGGAAAGUGGCAGUGGGGAAAGAGGACCACCUCUUUCUAUAGGAACCUACCUGGACCCUGAGAUCACCUUCUGAGGCCCUCCUUCGAGUGCCUCCUCCUUGAGAGGUGCGGAGGGUGGCAACAUGAGAAUGGCCCCUCUCUGCAGUGGCUCCCCAUCUGUGGAAUGCUCUCCCCAGGGAAUUUCACCUGGCACCUUCAAUAUACACCUUUAGGAGCCAGGCAAAAAUGUUCCUUUUUAACGAGGCCUUUGGUGGAUCUGAUUUACAUCCUAUGCCCUUUUAAAAUGUGUUUUUGUUGGGGGGGGGAGCUAUUGGGUUGUUAUUUUAAUUUUAAUUUUUACUAUGUAUUUUGUGGUUUUAUAUUUUGAUUUUAUUCUGUGACCCGCUCUGAGGCCCCCGGGUAUAGGAUGGUAUAUUAUUAUUAUUAUUAUUAAUAAUAAUCAUAAUUGCUUGAACCUUACUUCUGCAAAGGGGCCAAGGGCAACACUGGUUGAUUUCUUACCAUUCUUUAGGCCUAGUAAACCUCCUUUGUUUUCUCUCUAGCCCAGACUUAUUUGUGUCCAUUGCUUGUCUCUCUUCUUCAUACUCUACACACCUCUUCAAUAGCCAGCAACUCUGCCUUCUCUUUUCCAUCAUCUGACAUAGUUUCUUAUUGUCUCCUUUCUCAUGCUUCUCUGCCCCCUUCUGUCUUCUGAUUUGCUGACCGUGCCUCCAAUUACUUCUCUCUUACGCAUGGCAGAUACUCCUUUGUCCUGAAUGGCAUCUGCUACCGAAGUGAUUGCAGAGAGCAGGGAUUGCCGUUCCAUCGGUGUCUUGGGGAGGAUACAGGAAAUUAUAAAAUGCAUCUCAAGAGCUGCAGCUGGAAGUGUCAAAGAGGUGCAUGAAGUUUAGGAGCUACAGUUUGGUGACCCCUGAACCAAACUGUCCUAUUCAUUACAGAGGGAGAACCAUGUAUGAAAUUUUGAGAAUAGCUGUAGUUCUAUUUAAUGUCAUCAGACUACAUAUCCUUUUAUAUGUAAUAGUAGUGGUCUAAACCACAGUAUUUUGUUUGAAAGCUGUAUGGGUGUGUUAACUUUGAAGGUAGCAGGGAAACUUUCUGGCAAGAGAAGAGGGGGAUCAGUAUCUAGGCUGUAGGUGGAACUUAUUUGGGAUGGUAGGAAUGGUAUAGUUACAAUCAGAUGGAACAAAAGGAUAAACCUUUUGGGUUUUGUGGUAUUCCUCUUGCUGUAUGCAUGUAGUCUUUAAAGCUUGCAGUUUGCCCUUGAUCUUCCUGCAGCCGGUUUCCUCCCCUGCUAACUCUGUUCACGUUGCCUUGACAAAUUCUUCUAGUCACCCACUAAAAACAAAAAAACCUUUAUAUAUCAGUCAAGAUGCUGCCAUCUCCCUUUCACCAGUAUAGAGGAAACACUGUGAAGCUAAGAACAGAUUGUCUCCCUGUUUGUGUUUCCUUUGCUUGGCACUGCAGCCAUUUCCAGUUGCUAUGAUGAACCAUUUACAGAGGAAGUUCGCUCAGCCACUUCAAUUUCUUUCUUACCCGGGAAUAUGUUGAAUACUGAUAGGAACUUCAGAACAAUGCAGCCGAAGUAUUCUUUACUUGAGCAUGUGUAUUACAAAAUGUCAAACUUUGAAAUCACAGAAUUGUAGGGUUGGAAGGGAUCUCAUGGGUCAUCUAGUCCAACCCCCUGCAAUUCAGGAACCACAGCUAAACAAUGCCUGACAGAUGACCAUCCAACUUUUGUUUAAAAACUUCCAGUGAAGGAGAGCACAAAGGAGUCCAUUCCAUUGUUGAACAGCUCUUAGCAUCAGAAAGUUCUUCCUAAUGUUUAGGCGGAAUUGCCUUUCUUCUAAUUUGAAUCCAUUGGUUCGGGUCCUACCCUCUGGACCAGCAAAAAACAAAGCUUGCUCCAUCUUCCAUGUGGCAGCCCUUCAGAUAUUUGAAGAUGGCUAUCAUAUCACCUCUGAGUCUUCUCUCCUGUACAGCAAACUUACAUAACUCCUUCAACUGUUCCUAAUAAGCCUUGGUUUCCAGAUCCUUCUAUCAUUUCUAUCCUUCAUUCAUCAGCCUCCUCUGCAGACGUUCUCACUUGUCAGCAUCCUCUUGAAACUGUGAUGUCCAGAACUGGACACAAUACUCGCCAUGGGGUCUGACCAAGGCAGAAUGGAGUGGAACUAUUGAUUCCCUCUUGUUAAAUAGACUUAUUAGCUUGAAGGGGGUGUACUUUGGAUUGGUGGAAGUGCUUUUCAGUGUGAAUUAAACACCUGAAAGGACCCUUCAAGCUGCAAAGGGGAAAACUUUCUAACACUUCAAGAUCUUCCAAGGCAAGGCAGAAGGGAAAAUGCUUCUGAAGUUAAUGGUUCUUCUCUCAUCAGUUUCUUGCCAUGAGUUCCUAGACUGUAAAGCCACAAGUGGUAGGCACCUACCUGUACAGUAAUCUGUUUUCAUUUUCUUGCUUCUUUCUGGGUGACCCCUUCACGUUGCUGUACUAGUUGGUCUUCGGUCCCACAUUUUGCUACUGGAAGGCAUGAGAUGAGUCAUGGUCAGUGUUAGAAACUGAGAUAUGAAAGCUAGGAGCUAAAUGGCACCUUAAGCCUAGGUUAUGGGCGCAACAACAGAAUGUCAAGGUGCAAUUUUUUUAAUAACAAGAAUACAAAGCUGAAAAUGAAUGAACUGUAGCUAAAACAUUGUGUUCAUUUUUCACAUGGCCUAGUCCUUCCCCUGCCCCACCCCUUUAAUAUUCUUAAGAUGAUCUCUUCUCCAGCCUUCAGAGAGUAGCUGGAAGUGGGGAGGCAGGAAAAGGUCCUCCUUUCCUUCCACUCUGCAGUUUUAAUCUGAAAUCUUAGGGUGCAGUACUGCUCCCAGAGCUCAGAAACUGCUCGCGCUAAUGAAAUUCCCUGUUGCAAAAUGCGCCUGGAACAAUGGGAGUUUUGAACACUGGCCAUGGUCAAAUUGCACCAUUCCUAUGUGCCUGCAUAGCAGAUGGCUUUGGGGUUUUAAUGAAGUCACUGAUACAACCUUCUCUUUCUGUAAAAUGCAUUAUGCAAAUAUUAGCAUCGCCACUAACAUUUUGGUGCCUGGAAAACUGACAGUGAAGAAUUACAUAACUAAAUUUGUGGGUACAUCUGCAGAACAGGUUAAAUUUUAAAUUUGGUGCAUUCAACUCUUUCGUAGGAGGGAGCAUAUUUCUUUUGAAUUGUGUUGCCUAGAUAUUAGGUGGUAAAUGAUUACCAGAUGGUGAGGACAGUGUGUGUAAUGGGGAUCCUCAUUUACUACUCACUUGUCUUACAAGUGUGGUGUUUACGACUUUUCAUCACUACAUUUCAAAGGAAACCCUGGCUAGCCACUUGUCAUAUCAGAGGGUGGACUUACCACCUGCAUCAUGUUGGCUCGUAACUCUGAACUUUUUUCCAGCCUCUGCUAUCACAGAGAUAGCAGCUGCUACCUUUACGUAUCAGGGGUUAUACUUCCCUUUACACAUUGAUGUACCAAUGUACACAAAUUGAUAUGGCAGAGAAGAUUUUAAUAUGUGAACUGGCCCCUAGAGCAGUUGUACUGUACAUAAGAUGUAGAAAACUGCACUUAAACAGAAACAGCUGAGACAGACCUUGUCCUUUCUCUUGUAUAUAUAUUGUCACAGUAAGGUGCUUUUUUAGAGUUGUGAAGAUGAUUUUGUUGUCAUGGCAGUAUUGCCCAUACUGUAUAUACUUGACUGUCCAUUGCCUACAGCAAAUAGCAUGUUAGGUUUGGGUUGUGUUUUUACAAAUUGUUUGCUCAUAGAUAACAGUAGGACAAAAGAAAUAUAUGUACACAUUUCUACUCCAUUUAUGUCCAGUUUUCCCAUUUUAUUCUCCCUACAACCCUAACUUAAGCUGAGAAAGAAACUGGCCCAAAGGCACCCAAAUAGGUUAAUGGGUGAGUUGGGAUUUGAACCCGGAUCUUCCCUAGUUCUAUGCUAAUGGCAGCUGUGUCUGUCCAACCACUUCCAGCUCUUAGAGUGCAAUUUUGUAUGUCUGCUUGGGAAACAAGUCUCAUUGUGUGGUCAAUGGGGUUUAUUUCCAGGUAAGUGGGUAUAGGAUUGCAGCCUUAGAACCUUUUGGUCUUCAGCCUAUGUUCCAAAAGUCAGAUAAAAAACCCUUCGGUCGUGAUGCAUAGAUUAUAGUAAUUGUUUUUACAGAUGGAAUUGAUUUGGAAAACAGCUACUAAGCUGCGGCUGUAGAGAACAUGUUAUUGCACUGAUUUACUAGCUUCCCUGUCGAAUACCAGGGCAAAUCCAGGGUAUCAGCCUAUGUCUUGAAAGUCCUUAAUGGAACUGGCUCUGGUUACAUGUAAGGACAAACUCUCCUGUGUUAGCAUGACCUCCUUGAACAGCUGUGUUAAGUUUAAAACAAUGGAACCAGUGACUUGAUGGGACGCUUGUUUUAAAGGGGGCUUUUGGAGUUGACUGUUCAAAGAAGAGACUGACUCUCUGGAAACUGACCUAAUUGUAGUGGUCUUGCCACUUUCCCUCUUUUUACUCUCUUGCUGUUUUGUGAUCUCUUUCUCGUGCUGGUGUUUUCACAGAGGUGGCAGUGUUAGUGUACUGCUCAUUUGGAAUCAUGGAGCUAAAGAUUCAGUUCCCUUGCCAUACAUCCAAACAACUUUAACUUCCCCCAGAUGUGUUUCAUCGGCCUCUGUUUCUUUAUGGUGCAUGGAGUAGUAGUAGUAGUAAUAAUAAUAAUAAUAAUAAUAAUAAUAAAAAAAAAAAUUUUUAUUUAUAUCCCGCCCUCCCCAGCCGAAGCCGGGCUCAAGGGCGGCUAACAACAAUAAAACAGUACAAAAGUACAGCAUAAACAACACUCUAAAAUCAUUCAUUAUAAAAUUAAUUAAUUAGUUAGCAUGGGAGUGUGUGAUUGUUUUAUAGGCAUCUUCUGCAUGAUUCUUAAGAGCUCUCUUAAUCAGGAAGGCUAAGAGACAAACAUGCUGUGGUUUUAGGUUUACUGAAGUGCAUUGGCCUCAAAGGUAUUUCUGUUCACCUGGAGGUGCUAUCUCCCUCUCCCCCAUCCUCAAUAUUGGGCUUUCUUCCCAUUUAUUACUGACCAUUAGUGAUUGUAUUGUGAUUUGUAUUUUUACUGCUCCCCCCCCUUUGUUAAAAAUGGUGUGUGCUGUGGCCUAGAUUGCCCUGUGUCUUUCAAUCUUUAAAUUGCUACUCUUCUAUUUUCCAUACUAGGCUUUUCACGUGCACAAAAAAUUAUGAUCUCUGCACCAUUUUUCACAUUUCUUGAAAAGAGCCUCUUAUUUAAACCAAUGUUUGACAACUAUAUUUUUGGUGUUUUCUUGCUUUUCAACAUCAUCUCGCUUCUUGACUUGUGUGAUUGUGUUAGUGACACAUUGCAUCUGUCAUCAUGAUAUCAAAGAUGCCCAUAAACAAAAUUCUGCAAAGCUUGUCUCAGAAUUGGUUCUCUUAGAGAAAAUGAACCUGGCAUACAUACUUCAGUUAUUUCCAGACCAGAUGACUGCGCUGUUCUGUAUAUGGGGGCUGUCUUUUGAAAUUCUGACAUACUGAAAAUGUAUUUAAAAUGUUAGUCCAAAAUGUGGUAGCUGGACUCUUGAGUGUUGGCUAAUCAUCGGCAUGUUUAACUCCAAUCUUUUUUCAGCUUGAUUGGUUCCCUUUGUUUUUGGAAAGUCUUUAAAUGGUCUUGAUCUGCCAUGCAGACCUGCCCAGGCUUUAAGAACUUCCUUGGAGUCCUUACCACCAUUUUGGGCUGUUAAAUGAGUGAGCAUAAGAGAUACUGCUGUUUUAGUGAUGGUGCCAGUGCUAUGGCUCACCUUCAGGGGCGAUCUCUCUGGCUCCCUCUUUUGGUCCAUUCAGACACAAAUAGAAACCACUUUUACAUGGCAGUAAUGUACAGUGGUGCCUCGCAAGACGAAAUUAAUCCGUUCCGCAAAUUUUUUCGUCUAGCGAAUUUUUCGUCUUGCGAAGCACGAAAUCCCAUAGGAAUGCAUUGAAAAUCAAUUAAUGCGUUCCUAUGGUCAAAAAAAGUCCAAACAAAGCCAAAUUUGGUACAACAAGAGUUUAUUAAGUGCUCUUUAAAGUCACACAUACUGUAAAGAGCAUUUCAAAAUUCAAACCCAGAAUUUUUUUUAAAAACAGCAGAGUUGCCCAAUGGUCACAGAAAAUCAUAAAAAUGCAGAAAAAAACACACAAGCUUCCAGAUUCUUGCAAACCCCUCCCCAACUGUUCCCCCAGCCACCCAGCACACAGAAAUUCAAAUCCAGAAAUUUUUUUUAAAAGCAGCAGAGUGCCCCAAUGGUCACAGAAAAUCAUAAAAAUGCAGAAAAAAACACACAAGCUUCCAGAUUCUUGCAAACCCCUCCCCAACUGUUCCGCCAGCCACCCAGCACACAGAAAUUCAAAUCCAGAUUUUUUUUUAAAAAACAGCAGAGUGCCCCAAUGGUCACAGAAAAUCAUAAAAAUGCAGGAAAAAAACACACAAGCUUCCAGAUUCUUGUAAACCCCUCCCCAACACCAAGUCCUUGAAUUCCAAACACCCCAACCCAAAAUCCAAAACCCCCCCAAAAAGUUUUAAAAGCUUAACUUACCAAAUGGCUGCAAAAGAAGUUUUGGAAAAGCUUCAAAAAUCACCAAAGUCUUUAAAAACUUCAAAAAGGCUACUAUGUACUCUGCGUUCUAUGAGUUGCUCCUCGAAGUCAAGUCGCUACUGUAUUAACUUUGUUAAGAAAUAUGAAACAAACUUGCUAGACGUUUUUGUCUUGCGAAGCAAGCCCAUAGGGAAAUUCGUCUUGCGAAGCAGCUCAAAAAACGGAAAACCCUUUCGUCUAGCGAGUUUUUUCGUCUUGCGAGGCAUUCGUCUUGCCGGGCACCACUGUAUAAUUCAAUUGCUUUUCAAAAAUUAUUUUUAACAUGAUUACUGCUUUUUCAGAUUACGUUGUUCUAAGUUGCUUUUUCUUCAUUCCCUUUUUGUAACUGUGUUUAUUUUAUUUGCUUAUAAAUAUAUUGUACUUCUCUUCAUCUUAACUGCUGGGUGUUCUAUGGGCAGAAGAACAGAGUAAAAAUUUUUAAUAGCAAGAAUAAUAUUGACAAUCUAAAGGCAUUCUUUUAGUCUUAAGUAAAAUAGAACAUAGGUAUGUUGUUAAGAAUUACGUUUUUUAACUUUUAUCAAUCCCCACCCCAGCUAUAAUUAAACUGGCUUUUAUUUUUCGUAAAAUGACUUGUUUCUUAAUUUCAAACUGUUCACUGUUUUCCUUUCAUGUUCUUCACUCUUGAAUGCCUUCAGGAACCUGAUCUGUGAGCGGUAUCAAGUGUUCUUUCGACAAAUGCUCAAGGGAACCGACACUGUUUUCCGCUCGCUUGUGUAAAAAAGCACAUAACGUUUUACACGAGAAAAAUAGGACCUAUUUGUCCAUUAUAAAAUUAAGAGGGUUAUGAGGAGCAAGUUGUGUAAAAAGUAAGUCCAGUGUCUUAGGAAUAAACUUUUAAUUACAAAACGUUGGGCUCUCUUUAGUGGAUGCCUCAUGUCUGUGACCAUAGUUGGUACUUACUUUGGUGUGGACUGCAAGUGAGAACCAAUCCCUCCCACUGCUACAAUACAGAUUCCCUGAUUAUUAUUUCUGUGUGUGUGUGUAAUAGAAUGGGGUUUGACAUACUUUAGAAUCUAGAUUUUAUUUGCAAUGUGGUACCCCUGCACAUUUAAUUUAUGUGUGUGUUUACCCUACCUGUCACAAAGUGGUCUUAAGGAGUUUACAGUAAAAACAUAAGAAAAUAAGCAAUGACACAAAUAACCAUAAAAGCAGCAAAUAAACCUGUAAACAGAAACCAAUAAAGCCAGAAGUUAUGACCAAAAUAAAAACAACAGAUAAAAGAUAAAUAGCUGUGGCUCCAAUGCCAUUAAGAACCAUUAAAGGUACCUGAGAACAGAACUGCUUGGUGCUUAACAAGUAAUGAGGCUACUUCUCAAAAACAACCUCGUCUAAAACAUGUUGUAGUUGUCAACACUGGAUUCUAAUAGAACAUUGAUAUCUGUAGCCAGAGAAGAGAUGCAGCUGAUAUCCCCAGUGAAACUGAUUAAAAGCAGCAUUUUGUCAUUUUUGCAUCAUCACAAAGGUUUAGCCUCUGCUGUGAUGAAAUAUGAUUCAAAGUAUGGGACAAUUCAAUGUAUGUUUGUGAAGAGAUAUGAAAUUUAGUACUGGUAACUUGCAGCUUACGUGAGGGUUUGCUUUUGAGGGUCUUUGUGUAAACACAAAACCAUGUAAAGCCAGGAACAUCCAGAACCUUCCCUCUGCAUGACCAUCCCUACUUGUCUCGAACAGGCAUUGCCCCCCGCAUCUUGCUUACUAAACUCUGUAAAGGAUGGGCAACCCUCCAUGGCCCUCACAUGACCUUCCCAGAGUCCAGUAAGUGAGGCGGAGGGCUUUAAAAAAUCCCUCCAGAGCAGGUUUUACUGGGACCGGCAGGCUAAUACAAAUAGAGAGCUAGAAAUCACGCUGUGGAAAGAGCUUAUUGAAGCCACUGAGCCUCAAGCGACAGCAAAGGAUGCAGUAGUCCCCUAGUCUGUGUACCCGCUCUUUCAGAGGGUGGUUAACUCCAUCAAAAGGAGGCAGCCUUCCAACACAAGAAGUCCCAACAGUGGAGGAAUGGCAGAUGAAGAUGAUGGACUUUUUGGAGCUAGCUGACCUGACUGGAAGAGACCGCGACCAGAAGGAGGAGGAGUACCAGGAGGAAUGGAUGAAAUUCAAAGACUAUUUAGUUAAAUCUGCUAAGAUAACUUAAUUGGAAAAACUUGCAGAUACCAGAUAGGCCUAGGAUUUAAAUAUGUGAUGUUAGAGAAUAAUAUCUUUAAAGUUAAAAUGAAAAGGAAGAAAGAUGUUAAGUGAUUAAGUUAAUUUUAUGAGAAAAUUGGUUUUGGAAAACUGUUACAAUGAAAUACACUGAAAUUCAGCUAGGGGGAUUUGAGGAAGUCACUUAACAAUGUUAGUAAGAUUGGAUUAAGUACAGUUAAGAUGUUUGUUUGAUUGUUUAAAAAUUCUGGAAAAUCAAUAAAUUUUUUUGAACAAAAACAAAAGGAGGCAGCCUUCCAUCCAUGCGGUCUAGGGAACCACCCACUAACAGUGCCUCAGUCCUGUUUGGAUUAUGCUUCAGUUUGUUGGCUCUCAUCCAGUCCAUUGCCAAAGACAGUAAUGGUCCAGAGAAAGUAAGGCCAUGUGCCAUCAGCAUAUUGCUGACAACUUCAUGUUGAUGUUAAACAGCAUGGGGGAUAAAAUUGAAUCCUUAGGAACCCACAUUGAGAGCACCACAGGGCCGAAGAGCACACCCCAAGCGUCACCCUCUGGAAACGACCAUCCAAGUAGGACCACAAAGCUGUGCCAUCCACCCAUAACUCAGACAGCUGCUCCAGAAGGCUAUCAUGGUCGAUGGUAUUGAAAGACGCUGAGAGGUCAAGGAAAAUGAAGACAUUUCCCCUGUCUGUCUCCUGACAGAGAUCAUCAUACAGGGUGACCAAAGCUGUUAAUUAAAAGACUUCCGUUCUGGAUAAGCUGUCAUUUAAUAGCAAUAACUUAGAUUUCCUCUGUGGUAUACAAUAUGUUUCCUGCAGGAAAAUAAAUUGAAAGCACAUUUAAGUUUGAUGGCCUUGUCGGAUGCCAAGAACUAAUUUACUCAGAAUGCUUAAAUACUUCUCCUUUCCCCCGUUUUCUGCAGAAUCUUUUGUGGGAGAAUGCUUUGUGCUGUGCAAGGAAAUUCAGACAGGUCAUAACAGCACAGGCUGGCAUGAGAACAUACAAAGAGCUCUGCUGGAUCAGACCAAGGGCCUUUUGCAUCCAGAUGCCUAUGGGAAGCCCACAAUUUCUGUUUGUGGAAGAAAAUUAAGAAGGACUUGUGGCACCUAGUAGUACAGUCGGGGAGCUACUGGUGACCCACUGGUACCACCUCACCGCUGCCCAACUUCCUCUUUAACUGCACGGCUGCUUCUGCUUCCUUUAUUUGCAUUUCCGACAUUUCUACCUCCUCUUGCCCCCAGCUCUCUGCAGGGAGAUCCCACUUAGCUGUUCUGCCCAAAACAUAGUAUUAUAGGAUGAAGAAGCUUGGAUCGCUUCUAGUCUAAUGUAAUGGGUGCUUCCAGCAAAUUUGUUCUACACUCUUGCACUCCACAUUGUGUGUGGACUUUCCCACCUACCACCUCCCACCCCCACUGUUGUAUGUUUGUAUGAAAAACACUCAUGUUGGAGAAGCUAUUAACAGCUGCUUCCCAGUAAUAAGUUAUGUUGUACUUGCUGCUUUUUAGUUUGUUAUUGUUUAUUAUUUGCCCCCUUUUUUGAAGUAACCUUUUACUGGAUUUUAUAAACAAGGAUCAUAGGAAUAAUAAACUGUAUAAAUAAAAAGACCAAGUCUUCGAAUGUCAUUUGUACAUCGCAAAAAUAGCAUAAUAAAUUUGCAAUAAUAUCUACAACAUAUGAUUCAUUAUUAGUGGUCAGUGUACAAGUCUUUGGUUUAAAUAAACCAAGUGGAGUGGAUUAAAUAAAAACAGCAAGUGGAAACAGGAUAGAACUGCUUGGCUCUGUUUUGUUUAAAGCUUCCUAUCUUUAUUAUUAUUAUUCACACACUCCUGUGUGUUGUGUUUGUGUGUGUGUGUGUGUGUGUGUGUGUGUGUAUGAAUAUGAAGACUAGAAUUGCCGCUCAUGAGGGUCAUUCUUACCUGAUUAGCAUGUGGCUGAAGAAGAGGCCAGAGAUUUGAUGAGCAAAACCUAUGUUAACUGAUUCAGCCUGUGUGGUCCAGUGUUCUUGUACGCUCUGUAGUGGCAUUGUUGUGAAGCAUUUCCCAUGCUAUAUAGGAGUGUGUGAAUUGCAGGUCCUGGCAUGUUGCUCACCAAUCCCCAACCCGUAUAAAUAAAAGACCACUAAGACUGGUUUGGACCGAAAAAGGUCACAGCUUUAUUGAAUACAGAUGAAAGAGGUUUGGCUUGGGCAUGGGGCAAUCGGAAUACUUCUGGCCUGCCCACCAGAAGUGAUUCGUAGGUCAAUUCAGGUGCGGGUUCCUAAGACUUACAUCAAAUAGAGUGACCGCCCACAGGGACCACUGUCUGGGGGAGUGCCUUCAGCCCGCGUGCCUGGGCACGCGGACAUGUCCACUCCCCCCCCAAAUCCCUUUAAUGGGAUACCCCAGCAUUUGCAGGGGCAGGUGGAGACGACAACCUCCCCUCCAUCCAAAAUAAAGGAUUGCCCCAAUGCCCAACCCAGAUGUGAUGAUUGCUCUGAAGUAGGCAAAACCACCGGGCUGGAGCCAAUUUGCCUGGUGGACAAAUUCGUACCUGGCCCCAUAAAAUGGCAACCACCAUAGCCACAGCAAAGCCCUUGACUAUGAGCUAGGACCCCAGGUGAGGGCUGUUUAAAUAGCCAUGGAGCAGACCGCUUCGUCAGCUCCAAGCCUGCAUUCCCAUUCGCCAAACCAGGAUGCAAGCCAGGAUCCGGCUCCUGAUAGGCGGUGGGGCUUAUGGCUUUGCCACCUAUCAGGAAGGGGCACUGAGGUCAUGAUUCCCUUUUUGGGGUCCCAGUGGAGCCUCAGCCGUUCUGCAGUGCCACCACAUUGAAAGGGUAAGCGGACUUGGGCCAAUGACAGUUCAGUAGCAUGGAACUUGGGCCCUACUAUUAUGAACUGAGAUUAAUAAUUCCUAAAAACUUGAAAGUAACGUUUUGUUUCCUCCAUUUCCCUCUUGAAGCCCAAAUUGUUAAGAAUUGUUUCUGAUUUUUGUCCAUUAGAUCCUUGCCAUUUACUGAGUCCACCAUGUUUCACUGAGGAAGAUAAAUACAGCCUGGAAGCUCUUCGCACAAUUCAUAAACAAAUGGAUGAUGACAAAGAUGGGGGCAUUGAAGUAGAUGAAAGUGACGAGGUACGUGAAGAAAAUAUAUUACUCUGAAUAUCUUCCUUAAAAAUGGAAUUUUGUAUGAAAAGGAGCACAUAAACAAUUAACUUACCACUGUUUUGUUAUACCCCUUGCAGCUAUGGAGUUUAUGCUUUACAUUAGUGGUGUAGCUUUUCUGGAAAAUUUUGAACCAGAAAUUUUGCUGAUACUCUACUAAUGAUCUAAUUUACUUGCAUUAGGAAGCAAAACAAGAUCGUUUGAAACUUCCAUACUCGUCUAAGGUCAUAUUUACAAUUGUCGUCUGUUCAUUGCUACUAAUGAACUUACAAAGAAGAAAAUUUUGCUUACCAUUUAUAGUCAGAUAUAUUGAAAUAGACCAAUUCAGCUGUCUAUGAAACAUAUCAAUCCUUUUGAGAUCUUCCCUGAAGAUAUCCCCCUCCCGCCUCCCCCCUCCCUGAAUUUGCCCCCUCCCCCCUGAGAUCUUCCCUGAAGAUAUCCCCCUCCCGCCUUCCCCCUCCCCGAAUAUGCCCCUCCCCCUGAGAUCUUCCCUGAAGAUAUCCCCCUCCCUCCUUCCCCCCUCCCCCUGUGUCCCCCUCAGACUUUGCCCCCCUCCUUUGCUCCUUCUCCCUUCAGCCCACCCCCAAAUAUGCCCCCUGCCCCCUGAAACCCUUCCCCCCCAAUCACUCCCGGAAAAGAUCCUUCCAUAUGUCCCCUUCUCCCCCCUCUAAGAGACCCUUUUUUGCACCCCUCCCAGCUCCAACCUUACCCCUGAUACCCUUCUACACCCUGGAACACUGGGCUGAGUACGACUAAGCUGCAGUUGUUGGUAAGUAUGACAGCCCAAUGGGUUAUUGUCUGUCCAGGUGCUAAUCUGCAAAAGAACCUGCAGAGCUGCACAGAGGGAGCCUUCUCAAUAUAAUGACAGUUGCUUCCCCAAAGAAGCAGAAACUAUGAGAGAGUAAACAAUCUUUACACAACCAUAGUGAUGUAAAGUAUUAUGCCAAAAUAAGUGCCAAGUUUUAAGACUAAACAGUAAUCUAUAUUUUAGCAGACUAAGUAUUUUGAUUUACUUUGCAAUAAGAAAAUGUUACCGAAUUCUAUUUUUAGUAAACUGUAUGAAGAUUAUUAGUGAAGUAGAGAACAAGGGAAAUAGAAAUGGAAGAGAAUCUUGCUGGAUUUUCUGUGCUUACUUUGACAAAGCACUGCUUUUAAAAAGUUUUGAGUAGGAGUGCCAAGUCUUCAGCUUAUACAGCUGUCCAUAGUGUAUUACUGUCACUGCUUUUCUUACCCUGCUACAGCUGUUUGCUUUUUUCAUAUACAAUUUUGCAUCAUAUCACUUCAUAGGAAACUCUACUAUAUUCAUGAGCCUCUUUAAGGAUCGCUAGUCUAUUAAAAAGUUUUGUUAGCGGGCCAAGAACAUGCUUUCUUUAAAAACACCAAAUUAACGCCUACAAUUUAGUCAUGUUAAAUUUUCAAAAUUUAGCCGUACUUUGAUGAUAACUAUUUGGCAUUAAAAACAAUGCUGUGAAAAGUUUGGCAGUUCAGUUGUAACCAGUAGUGCAGAGAAAAUAACACAUGGACUUUUUAUAGGGAUUUUGAAUGUUAGCAAACAUUUGGGGAGAAUCUUAUGCAUUUUCAAGCGCAAUUGUUACUAUAACUCUGGAAAAGAAUAGCACUGUGCCCGAUGGUGAAGUGGAAAGUCCAGUUGUAACCAGUAGUGCAGAGAAAAUCACACAUGGACUUUUUAUAGGAUAGGGAUUGUGAAUGUUAACAAACAUUCAAGGAGAAUAUCAUGCAUUUUCAAGCACAAUUGCUACUAUAACUGGGGGGAAAAUAGCACUGUGCCCGAUGGGAAAGUGGGAAAUGGUCACAUUCAUUUUAAUGCUGUCAGAAACAAAGUUGCGCAUUUAGGAAUACAGAAUGUAGGGCAGGGUACAGGAAAGCUGCCGAUGGUACGAACUUGACCCUUACUCCUCGGUCUCGAGCAUGUCCUGGCCUCCAGUGUAGCAGUCACUAUGAAAGGCAGUAGAAGGUGUGAAUUUCUCAGCUGCUUCUGCUCCUCUUGAUUUAGGGCAGCUUGUAUAACAAGGUUGGAGGUGUAAGGAAGAGGCGUUUUGAGUCCUCCCCUCUCUCCCAUGCUAUGGACAGACUUUAUGCUAAAGCAGACUAGAAAAAGUGGGGUGAACUUAAAUGCUGUAUGCUUUCAACUCAUGCCACAGAGUAUAAACGACUAUUUUAAGAUACAGUGGUACCUCGUGUGACGUUAACAUAAGAGAGAGUCCUGGAGGUAAAUAGUUAAACAGGUUGCCCAGGCAGGACCUAGGGGGUGGGGUGAAGUCAGUGGGACUAUAAAACCAGUUCUGGGUGGAGUUCGUUGGGAGUUGUUGGUGGGUAGUUGGUUGGUUUUAGCGGGUUGGCUGGUUGGGAAAGGCAGUUGGUAAUAGAGAGACAGUUAGGGCAGUGGGUUCUUGAGUGUGGGGAGGUAGAAGAGAUAGAGAGGAAAAUAAGACUAAGAAAGUAAAGAGCAACCACCUUUGGAAUGCCGUAAAAGUUUGUUUGUGUCUGAAAUAAAAUACACUCUUCUUGAGAAGCUGACUGAGACUGAAGUGAUUUUACAGGGAGGAUCUCGUUGGUGGCAGCGGAUUAGUGGUGUACGGGUCAAUAGUCCGUGAGACAACCGGGGGCUCUGUACGAACGCCACACCUCGGUUUAAGAACAGCCCUGUUUACGAACUAUUCGGUAGUGUUCACAACUGGAAGUAGUGUUCCGGUUAGCGAACUUUACUUUUGUCUAUAAACGGAAGCCGAACGGUGGAAGGGCACUGGCGGCGGGAGGCCUCAUUAGGGAAAGCGCACUUCGGUUUAAGAACAGCUUUGGUUUAAGAACAGACUUCUGGAACGGAUUAAGUUCGUAAACCAAGGUACCACUGUACCAGUUCCUCGAAACUGCAGAAGGGAAGACUGCUCUUACAUUCAUGUCCUGCUUGCUGUGGCCACAGACUAGAUGGGGCAUUGAUCUGUUCCAGCAGGCUCUUCUAACUGGGUUUACUGAGCAUUUGAGCAGCUUUUAUAGGAUAAUAAAAACAAAUCACAAAUGGACAUCCCUUAUGUAUGUGAUUCAGCAUCCCCCCACUUUCCCCAUAGUUGGUAGAAGGUAUUUGGGGAAACAUAUGUCUGAGACUCUGGAAUGCUGUCUCCCAAGAAGAAUCAACAGCCUGACUCUAUAAAGCGGGUUCAUAUACUGUACAGAUUUCAAUCCUGCAUUCAAUGUGUGAAUAUUAAGGAAAAACAGUUAAUGCUUAUUACAAUGAACUUACAUUUAUUGAUCCAAAUUGAGCUUGGAAAUGGCCACAUAGCUAUUGAUUUUUCUGGCAAUAGUGCUCAUGUGACAAUACUACUCCAAUUCAAGACAAUUUUGUGUUAAACCUUUUAUUUAUGAUUUUUAAAAAACCUAACUCUAUGUCAUUACAUAUCAAAUGAAGAGAAUCCAUUGGAAACAUUUAGCAAAACCUACAUAGGAGUGUUGGAAUGUUUUCCUCCAGUCAUACUAAAACAUUGUUUUCAGCUUUCAUAGUGUGUCGUAAUGUUGCUAGAUUUCUCCUACUUUCAUGGAACAUGGGUUGCAGAUUAAAAAAAAUCAAAUUCCAAAGCAGCUUUCUAUCGGUCAUCCAACUAAAACAACUAAAAAGCACAAAUUAAAUUGACAAAGCAGAACCCCAUACAGCAUUGAAAAUAUAUUAGUCAUUCAACCUGGCUAACCCUGCCAAAGAGAUGGGCAGAGCCCAUUCCAUUGAUUUAGCUGAAAGGCUAGCUCUAGUUGGCUUCUCUCUGUGAACUAUUUACAUUUCAUUAUAAGUUUAAGAACUGUUGCCUAAGUUUGUUUUUUUCCUUUCCCUUCUCCAUCUCUCUGCAGAUGGAGAAUGUCUUGAUUUUAAUCUGUGUAUGCCACUUACCGUAUUUUUCCAUGUAUAAGACUAAGGUUUUUUCCUAAAAAGUAAUGUCAGCAAUUAGGGGGUGUCUUAUACAUGGAUACAUGUCCCCCAUUUUCUUAAACCUGAGCCCUCAAAAAUAGGGGGCGUCGUAUACAUAGAGGUGUCUUAUAGAUGGAAAAAUACAGUAAAUUGUGUUUAUUAAUUAUUAACAAUAAAAGCAGAAAAUUGUAAAUAAUUAUUUAAAAUGAAAAGUUUUAGGGUUAUAGCCAAUGCUAGUCCUACUCUGAGUAGACAUAUUGACAAGCCUCUCAUUGGGGGCAAAGAUUCCUGCAUUGCAGGGGGUUGGACUAGAUGACCCUCGUGUUCCCUUGCAACUCUACAACUUGAUGCUUCUAUUAUAUUAAUUAAUUUUAAUGGGCAUGACUAACUUAAGUUCUUUUUUCAUCUACUCUGAGUAGCACUUUGGUGGAUAUAUCACUUAACCUGUCAUCUUAAAAAGACAAUAUUUGUGCCUCACAGAUCUGCUUGGGAAGUUAUUCCACAGACAAGGUCCAACACUGGAAUGGUUGUCUUUUUGAUGGCCACCCUUCUAACCACUAAAGCCUGGCCCACCUGGAGGGAGAAUCCCUGAAGCAGAUCUGAAAAACUGGGUAGGCACAACUACCUCUGUACCAAGCUGUUUAGAGCAUUAAAGCUUCUUCAGUUGUGCCUGGAGUAACAUUGGAAGCCAGUCAUGAGACUGGAAGACAGAUGAGAUAUUUAGGCUGGCACAUUCUAGUUAAUAAUCUAGCUGCUAUGUUCUGAAGCAGCUAGAGGUUUUUGGAUAGUCUCCAAAGGCAACUCCCCCCCACACACUAGUAAUCUAGUGUGAAUAAAUGUAUAAAACAUAUAUCUGUCUAGGAAGUGCCUGGCUAGUAAAUGUGCUUGCGUCACUGGAUUUGAGCAUCUAGUGAAAGUGCUAGAUCGUAUAGGAUCCUGGAGAUACAUUGAGGCUUCCAACAUGCUCUUUAAGGGUGAGUGCAACUCCAUCCAGAACAGGUCAGAUGUCAUGUCCACAGCAUCCUGAUCUAGAUUAAGCCUCAGUUUCUUAGACCAGGGCAUUGUUCAUUCUUGGCACCUGUUCAUAAUUUCCACUGCCUUUCCUUGUUCAGAUGAAAAGGAGAAAUAGCAUACCAAUGAUCCCUUACUCCAAAUAUCAGAAAAAUCUCACCCAGCAGCUCCAUCAACAAUUUUCAGUAGGAUGGGGACUGGACUAGAAGCCUGGGGAACACAUAGCAGUGAACUACUUUUCCUCAGCUCCACUUUCUUGAAUACGCCCACCAGAGUAAACAUGAACAUACUCAUCCCAGAGAGGUGGUCUCGAAAGAAACCUUUCAUACUGAGAAGCAGCUGCAGAUUCACACCCCUGCCCUUAUCCUUUUGCAUGCCACCCACAGAAUGACCAAGGUAGUUUCUGUGCCACAUCUGAGCUGGAAGCCAGAUUGAAAUGGGUCCACGUAAUUGGCAUCAUCUACAAAUGCCUGGAAUUGAACUGCUACCUUCUGGCUGAGUACUGUGGCCCAGAAGGAGAGAAUUGCAACACAGGAGUUGUUGCGGUUGUCUAGAUCCAAACUUCAGGGUUGUAGGCUACAGCUCUUUGAACACCUUGCAUCUGAGGCAAGCAGUGUUACCUGUAGAAAGGGGUUUUGAAAAGAAUUGGUGGUGGUGUGUUGAGGGAUCUAUUUGAUCCACUCAAGUCUGUAGGACGCCUGCUUUCAAAACUAGUCUCCUGGAAGUCCUUGUGCAUUCUUUGGUUCAUUUACCUCCACAGAGUAGGCUCUAAAAUGAACUCUAGUUUGUGUUCAGGCAGUUGUUCUGAGUUUUCCAUUUGCAGUAAAGCCAUCAAUCCAAUUGUUUCAUGGAUAGGAAUGCCAACAAGCGGAAUGAACACUGUCCAGUGGAAAGGGGAAUUUAAAUGUGAUUGUUUCUGCAGACUGAAUCACUUAAGCAUUCUCCUGAUUGACCUGGACCACCUGCCAUAUCCACAGGAAAUUGCAUCAGAGAUGUUAGGAAACCCAUCUGUGUGAACUUGCCUGCUACCCGCUCUGUUAUCCUUCAGGCAGUAGAUGAAAACUGUUUUGUUAUUCUAGGCUUAGAGUGGCAUAAAAUAACUAUGCUGUUAAUGAAUUGUAUAAGCUACUAUUUAGGUUGAUGUGGUUUGGAGCUUGAUUUUUUUUGUACUUGUGCUGUACUUGUGUUAAAGGUAAAGGUAAAGGGACCCCUGACCAUUAGGUCCAGUCGUGACCGACACUGGGGUUGUGGCGCUCAUCUCGCUUUAUUGGCCGAGGGAGCCGGCGUACAGCUUCCGGGUCAUGUGGCCAGCAUGACUAAACCGCUUCUGGCGAAACCAGAACAGCACACAGACGCUGUUUAUCUUCCCGUCGGAGUGGUACCUAUUUAUCUACUUGCAUUUUGACGCGCUUUCGAACUGCUAGGUGGGCAGGAACAGGGACUGAGCAACGGGAGCUCACCCCGUCGUGGGGAUUCGAACCACCGACCUUCUGAUUGGCAAGUCCUAGGCUCUGUGGUUUAACCCACAGCUCCACCUGUGUCCCUUGUGUUAGUCUUAUGUAAAAGCUUCUUGGAGACUGCUGAUUGUAUGGUAGAGUAUGAAUUUUUUUAAAAUUUUUUUUUGAAAAAAUUAAUUCCCUGUGCAUUUUGCCAUUCUUAGAGCCUCCUAAGAAAAGUAGUAGGGCUGCCUUUGGUAUUGCGUUCUAGGACCAUUGGAAAUGUUCCUGGACUUAAAGCCAAAGCAACUUAAUGUGCUAGUGAGAAACUACAUAUCACAAAUACUGAGGAUUUUAAAAUUUAAAAAGUGAGGCUAAGCUUCAUUUGCAGGCUGGUUACAAUUGUGAGGCAUUCUACAUUCAGCUUGAUGUGUUUUAACUGACGAUUGAAAUUAUCUCAUUGUCUCUUGGAAAGCCCAUUUUAAUAAAUGGUUGCUGUUAUUGCUGACUUGCAAGUAGGCUUUUUUUAUGCCUUGGGACUACGAUCCCAAAAGGUGCUUUUCUUUUGCAGCAACUAAAUUGGCUAGAGUAAGAAUUUGUAGAUGUUGGUAUCAAUAUGUCAACAUUCCACUUUAGGAGUGUGAUCCCAAAUAUUUCCAAGCAGCAUUUAACACUUUGGUUUGUAUUUUGAAUUUGGGGGCUUUUGAGGAUACCGUUUCUUUUCUUUUCACAAAGACUACUUGCUAGAACAAGACCAGGCUUGCCAAAUGAAAGUAAGAACAUUUUACGUAAAAGGAAGUGUCCUUGAUGGUUGUUUAUGCUAGAAGUGAUGAGCCUUGUUUUCAGAAAAUCCAACUUCCCCAAUCCUUUUUUUGUGGUUGAAUGACUGUGAGUAUUGUGAAUGUUUGGCUGCAUUCAUUGUGUUUCCUAAUACAGAGCAAAAGCAUUUGGAUAUUUCCCCCACACUUAUUGUGAAAGGCUGCUCAACUUCACAUCGGAGACUAUGUCCACUGGCUCAGUAAUGGAGGUUGUAGUCUAACACAGUCCAAAUUGGUAGCAAAGAUCAGUUUCUUUCCCCAUUACAUCUUUAAAACUAGAGAGCGUCUGAUCUUUGCUACCAGUCUGGGCAUGCAAAAAAAGGGAAGCUAUCUGUAUUUUUCCUUGCUACUCUAAUAUACAUAAGUUUCUAAACUUAUGUCCUUGAGGUUUCUUGGAAAAAAAAUGAUUUUUUUGUCUGGCUCUUCCUAUGAGCAAAGUGAGGUGGUAGAAGGACUCCACCAUUUUAGACUGUGGAUGGAAGAACUAGCUUUUAAACAUUCCCAUUUUUUUUUAAAAAAAGCUCUCUGCAGAUAGUUGUUUUUUUAAAUCACAGGGAGGUUUCAACCUGUUCCUAUUACUAGUUUUCCACUUCCAAAGAGUUGAAUCUUGCUAAAGUACCAAACCAGGUUUGAAAAUGAUAUGAUUUGGAUCUCCAGGAUUUUCUGGUGUAACUUGGGGUUCAAGUUUUUCAGCAUAUUUAAAAACUUGCUUUGUAUUCCUGCCUUAAAAAAUUCAGUUAGGAAAUGAUUAUCCAAUUAUAAUGGCAGCAUGUAUGUUGCUUGUUCAGAAGCUAGAGAUGAACCCCCCCCCCCUAAAUAUUUUGAGCACAUUAGCUGCGCUGCUAAAAUUGAUACAUACUUUGCAAGUCUAUUCUUGUUCUCGUGAGACUUACUGGCAACUUUAGAUUUUAGAAGAAUGCAAGCCUUCAGAGGUUCCAAUAAAAAAUACUAGAGGCAGGAAGAAUAUAAUGUUUCCCAUGCCGAGGUGUGCUGGGUUCCAGUCAACAUGGGGAGGGGGGGAGAGAUGUGUGUACAUGUGACAUUACGUGUGCAGUGUGUGCGCGACAUCAUGUGUGCAGCAUUUGUGACGUCAGACGGUGGGAGGAGGCCCGAUGGAACCCUGCACGCCUUCUGAUGGGCUCAACGGGGCCUGCCGAGGCUGCAGUCAAAGCAGUUUCCCAGGGUGUGGCUGCUGUGAUAUGCUGACAGUUUCUAGGAGCCACAGGUGAGAGUUUAGUGCCGGGUGGGGACCAAAGGUAGACACACUACCCCAGAAGGAGCCUGAUGUGUUCCUCACCAGAGGUACUACCCUCUCCCCUAACACCCAAUACGCUUCUAUAAGGACGCAGGUGGCGCUGUGGUCUAAACUACUGAGCCUCUUGGGCUUGCCAAUCAGAAGGUCGGUGGUUCGAAUCCCCAGGACGGAGUGAGCUCCCGUUGCUCUGUCCCAGCUCCUGCCAACCUAGCAGUUCAAAAGCAUGCCAGUGCAAGUAGAUAAAUAGGUACUGCUGGGGCGGGAAGGUAAACGGCAUUUCCGUGCGCUCUGGUUUCCAUCACAGUGUCCCGUUGCGCCAGAAACAGUUAAGUCAUCCUGGCAACAUGACCCGGAAAGCUGUCUGUGGACAAACAUUGGCUCCCUCGGCCUGAAAGCGAGAUGAGCGCUGCAACCCCAUAGUCUCCUUUGACUGGACUUAACCCUUCAGGGGUCCUUUACCCUUUAUCUUUACCUUACACUUCUAUAUAAGGUUAUAUUCAUUCAUUCUUAGCUGAAAUCAUAUAUGUCUUUUAAAAAUCAGUUCAUUCGAUAGAGUAUAAUGAAUACUAUCCAUAUAUGUAAAUCAAAUAACUCAUAGAGGAUAUUCAUCCAUUUCUUUAAAAUCUAAGAAAUCAAGAUGGUCUGUUUCUUUGCCAAAUCUGGUCACUAAUGUUUCUUUCAAUUUAAGUCAGUCCAAUGUGUUUUAAGUAAGUUCAAAACUCACUCUAAGUAGUCCAAGGUGAUGUAAUUUCGAACUCUAGCUUGUUCAGUCACAGCCAGUGCAUGCCCAAAAUGCUUAUAAAGUCUCUCAAGUUCAUUUAGAUAUGUUUAGUUUAAUUGAUUCGGUUUGAUAGUUCCUGUGUUUAGUGACAAUUUUAUCGGUGUACACUGUACAGUUUUGGCCUGGGAAAACCAGAGGUUAGGUUGCACAGGAGUAAUGCUUGCAAGGAGUAAUGUCAAAUACGUUUCCCAAAUAAGCUGUCAAAUAGUAAUCUUAUUUCUAUCAAGGUCAAGGCUACUUAAAGAGUUAAAUGUCCAUAUCUACAUCACAAUCUCAGUUGGUAAGCUUUACUUAAUGCUUCCGUUUCAACAGAACUGUAAUCCAUUGUUUUAGUUAGUCUCCACAUCCCUGACAGGUUUUAUGUGUUUACUUAAACAGGUUUUAAACUCUCUUCUUUCAUGCAGCCAAAGACCUUUCCUUCAGUGUCUCAAAUGCUGCUGCAGCAGCAGCCUUUCCUUGCAGCCUCUCUGUUUGCCAAAGCGGCUUGCCAAAGGAGCAAGCCCUUCUAAAUGUAUUCCUCUGACAGUGCUGCACCCCAGCAGCUUCCCAUACUUUUAAAGGCAGCCCACUAGAUCCCAGAUCCAGCAUGAAGGAGCCCUAGGGUGAAAUAACAGCUCCUUCUCCCCUGUGCCAGGGAGAGUUGCAUCCUCCUUUCAGAGGCAAAGGAGAACAGCACAGCUUCCACAAGGGGUUGGGGGAUCACUGUUGUUAAUGCAGGGUCAGCCCACAUCCUUCUAAGUUCCUCUCUGGUUUCAGAUUUGUGCUGUCAGUAACUUGCUGUACUGUGCUUGCACACACAUGAUGAUGAUGAUGAUGAUGAUGAUAAUGAUAAUAAUAAGAAGAAUAAAAAUAAAUUAGUUAUACUCAGCCACUCUGGGCGGCUUCCAACAGAAUAUUAAAAUACAAUAGUCUAUUAAACAUUAAAAACUUCCCUAAGCGGGGAAGAUGUCUUCUCUUCAGAUGUCUUUUGAAUGUCAGGUAGUUGUUUUUCUCUUUGACAUCUGGUGGGAGGGCAUUCCACAGGGCGGGUGCCACUACCAAGAAGGCCCUCUGCCUGGUUCCCUGUGUAAUAAACAAAAAUCUGCCCUAAUUCCCUUAUGGGGGACACAAGAACCCUUAUAGAGUCCUUUGUAGGUUCUCUAUUGGUCGGAGAAAAUAACAGAGGCCAACUAGAGAAUAUUGAGAAUUGAGUCCAGUACCAAAGCAAAAAAAGCCCAAUUUAAUGGUUUAUAUAAACAUAAUCUAGCCCAUUGCUGCAUUAUUAUUAUUAUUAAUUGAAUUUAUAUACCGCCCUAUACCCGGAGGUCUCAGGGCGGUUCUCAGAAUAAGAAGCAUUCAUAUGGGAGGCCCUUUUCAUUUUCAGUUUCAAACUCUGACCUGCAUCAGUUGGGUAAUGCAAAUCAGCAUUUAAAAGUAACUUGAAAUACCAAGUUACUGAAGAAGUGUGCAUGCACACGAAAGCUCAUACCAAUAAUAGACUUAGUUGGUCUCUAAGGUGCUACUGGAAGGAAUUUUUUUAUUUUGAAAUACCAAGCAACAAAAAUACUAGGAAAAACUGUAUAAUAAUUUGGUUGAAGCAGCAGUCAUGAUCAAAGGUUGAACCUGUGUGAGACCAUAAAGGUAUGGCCAUAAAGCAGUGAGGAAAGAGUUUGAUUCUAUUACUAUUUUUAAAAACAACAAUUCAAAAGCACUUAAUUCUACAGUGCUAGUGCAAUGCAAGUCGCUCCACAUUUUUCAGGAGCACAGAUGUGGAUAUUCUGCCUGUACUGUAUUGAACUGUACUGAAACCAUUGCGUUCUCUGAAUUACAAUGAGCAUCUAAUGACAAAUGAAGGAUUGAGAAUUGUGAAUGGAAGUAAGGGGAAAUUGGUGAUGAAGUACCAAGUGGAUCUUUUUAAGUACCACCAAUUUGGGGGUUUGUAACCCACGACUGUUAGGGACGCGGGUGGCGCUGUGGGUUAAAGCACAGAGCCUAGCACUUGCAGAUCAUGAAGGUCAGUGGUUCGAAUCCCUGAGACGGGGUGAGCUCCCAUUGCUCGGUCGCUGCUCCUGCCCACCUAGCAGUUCGAAAGCACGUCAAAGUGCAAGUAGAUAAAUAGGUACCGUUCCGGCGGGAAGGUAAACGGCGUUUCCGUGGCUGCUCUGGUUCGCCAGAAGUGGCUUAGUCAUGCUGGCCACAUGACCUGGAAGUUGUCUGCGGACAAACGCCAGCUCCCUCGGCCUAUAGAGCCGGUCACGACUGGACCUAAUGGGGUCCCUUUACCCCCUUUAACCCACCACUUUUAGUGUCUUAGCUGCAAGAACUCUCUGACCUAACUUUCUUUCUUUUCCAGUUUAUCAGAGAAGAUAUGAAAUAUAAAGACGCUUCUAAUAAGCACAACCAUCUACACCGGGAAGACAAACACAUCACCGUUGAAGAUCUGUGGAAACGCUGGAAAACAUCUGAAGGUAAGAUACUGAAAGCUGUACUGGUCCCUUUUCUUCAGUCUUUACUGCUCUUGUUAGUGAACACAACAGACCAUAUUUAAUUACUGUCUUGACCUAGGACUGGAAGCCGUGGGGAGAAGGGACCUGCAGGCAAAGGUCACGAGCUCAGUUGUUGGCCGCUUGUCGUAGCAGGGUAUUCUAGGCAAUUUGGAGUCAGCAGGAGGUUGCAGAAAGGUCUGGUUUUGGAGAGGCAAGCCAGAGCUAACAAGGAGCUGAGUCAAUGUGGUCUGUGGAGCAAUAAAAAACAACAACAGAUAGCAUUUAUAUAGCAGGUUGUAAUGUGUAAAGCUCUUUGGGAAUCCUUACAACAAUUGUGCAAGGUACGACAGUGUUGCUGUUUCUGUAUUGCAGACGAAAGGCUAAGUGAAAUCUUCAUAAUGAGAUCAAAAAUGAUGCUAGAUUUCAGUCUUGGAAUACUUUGGUUCACAGUUCAUUCUAAGUCAUUAUGCUAUAUCAGCUCUCAUCAGCAACUCUGCUCUACUGCUUGAAAGGUGGUGAUGUUAAGAGUUGUGGUUUGUUGUGUGCCUACUUGCAGAAACUUGUUUAAAGAUUUAGCACAUUGUGUAGUACAUUUUGCUGUGUAUUGUUUUUGUUGCUUUGGUUGUUUUUUUUUUUUUGUAAGGAUGGUUUUGCACUAUUUUAUUUAAGUAGGAUUUUGAGUCUUUGAACAUCAGCCCCCUCUUAUGCUUAGUUAAGGAAGUUUUUCUUACAGGCAAUCCUAGUUUUGCACGGGGGUUACAUUCCAGACCCCGUGUAAAGCGUUCUGCUCCUCUCCUGUAUUGCCCCUUUAAUGACAUUUUAGGGUCAUUUACAGGUUCGGUGCUGUGUGUGUGCGUGCGAUUUUGCGUCAAUUGGUCAUUCACUGUAUUGCUGUUUGUUUGUUUAUAUUUUUUAUUAAUAUAUAUAUAAAAAUACAUGCAUUGUCUCUUUUUUCAAGUUGUGUUUUCUAGAGAUCAGUUUCAUUCGUUGUGAAACAUUAGUGUUGCAUGCAAUAUUAGGUUGGGAAGAAAAGCGGAGGAUGGGGGAAUGGUGAGUGGGGUGGGGUACUAAUGCUUCUAUUCUUCUUCUUAGUGUAUGUUUGGGGUUUUGUGUCAGUGUCACGUAUGGGUUCUCUUGCUAUUUGCUUGUUGUAUUUCCUUGGUGGUAAGAGAGGUUGGGGGUGGUCUAGGGAGUGGUUGGCUGUAGUGAGAUUUGUUUAUGUGUGUACAUAUUUGGAUCAGGUUAGCCAGAUUGAUUUGUAGCUGUGAACAGAUUCUUCUUGUUAUCUUGUUGGACUAUGUAUGUGAUAAAGGUGUCUUCUUCUAUUUGUCCCCAUGUCAGUUUCAGUUUAUUGGUUGGUUCUUCUAUUAUGGCUUUUCUGUUGGUCCAUGUUUACUCCUGACAUGUCUCCAAUGUCUGGCUAUGAUGCUUCUGGUUGCUGACAGUAGGUGGGUUAUGAGCUUUUUUGUGAUGUGAGUGGGCAUUAUUAACUUGGAAGAUGUUCAGUAGGGCCAGUUGUGCGGUGACUUCUAAUACUUGCUUAGUUAUUUUGCAUAUUUCUUGUAUGGCUGAUGUCCAGAAGAGUUGGAUUUUGGGACAUUCCCACCACAUGUGGAAAUAUGUGCCGGUGGAAGUGUCACCUCUCCAGCAUUUUGGUGAGGCUCCUGGGUGUAUCAGCGCUAGUUUCCAUUGUAUAAAUGAGUUUCAGGGUGUGUUCUUUUCUUUUAUCUGAGAUGGAUUUAAAGGGAAGUUUAGACCACAUUCUAGUCCAUUGGGUGGCGUUAAUCUCAUAGCCUAUGUCGUCCUCCCAUUGUAUUUUUAUUCCAUUGAGGGGGUUUGUGGGAUUUUGGAGCACUAUUUUGAAUAUUGUGGAUGCUAUCCCCUUGCCGUGUUAGGAGAAGCUUUUCGAAGGUUGUCAGGGGCCUAGUUGCUGCUGAUUUUACUACUGGAUUGUUGAAGAAGGCAUGUAAUUGGUGGUGUGUUAGCCAGGGCAUUUGGGUGUCCCCUAGUUUGUCUUGUAUUUCUUGUGUUGGUGUGGGUUUGUUAUUUUUGUAGAGGUCUGCUAGGUGGUAUAAGACUUUGGCUUUAUCUGGGAGUUUUGUGCUGCAUGGUGGAAUAAUGGGUGGUGAGCCAGGGAAAUUAGUGGAGAUGGAGUUGGAGACAGUUUACCUGCUUCUUCCUUCCAUGCUUUAAGUAUGGUUUGUGUGAACCUGUUUAGUGUGGGGAUUUUCCUUAGGUUGUUUGGGAAGAAUGGGUAUGCUGUGGUGGAGGUAUUUUUGACGAUGUCUCUCUCCAAGUGUGCCCAAUGUUUUGGCUAGUCUUCUAAAAUGUAUGGGAUUAUGUGGUGCACUUGGUUGACAAUGUAGUAUAGUUCUAUGUUGGGAAUUCCCCACCCUCUGACUGAGGAGGGGAGGUGUAGGUAUUUGGGGUUUAUUCUUGGAUUUUUGUGUGAUAAACGAGUGUAAUUCUUUCUGCUAUUUGCAGAGUUGGGUUGGGGGAAUCCAGAUUGAAAGAGUUUUAAAUAGGUUAAUUUUGGGAGGGUGAGCGUUUAGGUCAUAACCAUUUUGGCUUAGAGGGUGAAGUUGGUGUUGUUCCAUUUCCUCAAGUCUUCUACCUGAAAAAACGCAUUUCCUGACUGACUUUGUUUCAUAAACUUUUCUUGUUUAGUAAAACUUUUCUUGCUUGUUUGAAUAUUUUUUUCCUGAGACUAUUCAUUAGGUUUUGUCUCACACAAGUCCCCCACUAGAUAAUCCAUGGUAAAUUGUAGAAAUUAUUGUAAUUGGUGUACCAUGAAUAUGAUGCAUAGUACAUCUCUACCACGUUGUAAACAAACAGUUUUAUUGCUUAUUAUUUUAUUUUAUUUACUUUGGUUUUCUAAAUGAGAUCUUCUUGUUCCUUGAACAUUCCAAAGUCAUUUGCAACCAGAUGGACUUAAUUAACCUCUGGUUUAACUUUCAGGUAUUAAUCUGCAAUCUGGAGCUGUAAACAAGUUCCCCUGGGGUGCUAAAAGCAUGUCAGCCUUCUAUUAUGAAUCUAAUUGGACAGCUAUAUUUGCAUAAAUUCAAUAUUCUAGUUUGCAAAACAGGUCUGCAUUUUGCUUUAGGCCAUGCAAAAAUAGGAUGGUGGAAAAGAAAACAUAAUUUUUAACUCUCUUGCCCUGUAAUGUAUGUUUGUCCUUAAUGGCAACUUAAAUUUGGUAUUUUGUUUUAUUUAAAAUUGUGGCUUGCUUUGCUUUCCCAACCAUUUGGUUAACUGCUGCAGGUUAAGCAAGUUAUUGGCAUGGAAUUAAAUGGAUUUAAGAUGCUUGUGUAAAGGAUGGUGUCAAUAACAUCAACUUCCUUGAGCUUGCUUGAAAGGUAUUUGUGUGUCAGAGUCACAGGCCAUAAAUAGUACUGAUCAUGGCCGAUUAAGCACCAAAGUAAGCCCUACCCAGAAAUACUUCAUCAUGAGGUGUCUGAUUAGGUUAUGCCAAGGCAUCAAUUUAAGAUUCUUUUUUUAAAAAUAAUGAAAUUGUGAGACCAUUCCAUUGCAGAUUGUUCAUAAGAUGAUGAUGAUGAUUAAAAUUUAUAUACUGCCCUAUAUCCGUAGGUCUCAGGACGGUUCACAAGAUAAAAUCAGAAUAUAAAACCACAAAAUACAUAAUCAAAACAAAAACAACCCAUUAACACAUUUUGAAUUUUUAAAAGGACAUAGGAUGUCAGUCAACCAAAGACCUGGUUAAUGAUGCCAGUGCAGUCGGACCAGGAUCGGUGUAAUGUGCUCAGACCGUCUUGCUCCAGUGAGCAACCUGGGCUCUGAAUUCUGCACUAGCUGAAGUUUCCGAACCAUUUCAGAGGCAGCCCUACAUAUAACGCAUUGCAGUAAUCUAACCUUGAGGUUAUUAGAGCAUAGACAACAGUAGUUAGGCUUAUCCUGUCCAGAUAGGGGCAUAGCUGGGCCACCAGCUGAAGUUGAUGGAAGGCGCACUGGGCCACCGAGGUCACCUGAGCCUUGAGUGACACCAAGGAUCCAGGAGUACCCCCAAGCUACGAACCUGCUCCUUCAGAGGAAGUGUAACCCCAUCAAGAGCAGGCGAUCUCCCACCCAUCCGGUCUAGGGAACCACCCACUAAAAGUCUCUCGUCUUAUCUGGAUUGAGUUUCAGUUUGUUGGAUCUCAUCCAGUCCAUUAUUGAGGCAAGACACUGGUCCAGCACUUCCACUGCCUCACCUGCAGAUGUAAAGGAGAAAUAGAGCUGGGUAUCAUCAGCAUCCUGCUGACAACGUACUCCAAACCACCCAGCAGUUUUAUGUAGAUGUUGACCAACAUAGGGGAUAGUAUCAAGCCCUGCGGACCCCAUAUUGAAGGCUUCACGGGGCUGAAAAGCACUCCCCAAACAACGCCCUCUGGGAACAACCAUCCAAGUAGGACUGGAACCACCACAAAGCAGUGCCACCCACUCCUAGUUCAAACAGCCCUCCAGAAGGAUACCAUGGUUGAUGGUAUCGAAAGCUGUCUAUCUUGUUAAAGCAUUUACCGUAUUUUUCGCUCUUUAGGACGCACCAGAUGAUAAGAUGCGCCUAGUUUGGGGGGGAGGAAAACAAGAAAAAAGAUAUUUUGAAUCCCAGAAGCCAGAACAGCAAGAGGGAUCUGGCUUCUGGGAUACCGUGUGGCUGUUCUGGCUUCUGGGAUAACCGCGCCAAGCCUCUUCGGGGCAGCGGGAUGAAGACUUCCCCUGCCUGAAGAGGCUGCACGCGGCUAAGGCAAAAGCCACGGCAGGCCUCCGGCUUCCAGGCAGGCGCGUGGCUGAAGGGGAGCUGCGCAGUUCUUCCUCUCGGCACAGCGCCUCUCCUGCGAAGGAGAGGCGCUGCGCAGAGAGGGAGAACUGCGCAGCGCCCCUUCAAGCGAAGCUGGAGAAGUUCCCACUGGAGCGAGUUCCUGCUGUGCUCCAAAGGCUUCAGGCGGCUAUCCCUGAAGCCUGAAGAGCGAGAGGGGUCGGUGCGCACUGACCCCUCUCGCUCUCCAGGCUUCAGCGAAAGCAAUGCAAAGCCUCCAGAGCGUGGAGGGAGCGCUCCCUCUGAGCUUCGGAGGCUUCGCGUUGCUAUUGCUAAAGCCAAGGAGCCUGCAUUCACUCCAUAGGACGCACACACAUUUCCCCUUAAUUUUUGGAGGGGAAAAGGUGCGUCUUAUAGAGUGAAAAGUACAGUAGCUGUUCUGGUCAUUCUUCUAUAAUUACAGCUGUGUUUUAUGUACUAUAUUUGUGUCCUGUCUUUUGUACAAGAAACAUAAAGGAUAAUAUCCCGGUGCCCAAGGAAAAAAUAAGUUGCCGCAGUGUACAGGUGCCAGGCUGAAAUCUAUUGUUCAAAAGUGUCCCUGAGGAAGAACUUUGUUCAGAAUGUGUUGGGCUCAGUUAAAAAUGAAAAAUUAUUGUGCACCUGGAUGUACCCCUCCUUCCUUUCCCCUGUUGCUGGCACCUUCCUGAUUUUCUUCCCAGCAUUUUAGCAGUGCAAGAACUCUGAGUUAGGCUGAAGGAGACUUGUCGAAUAUCUGCUGAGCUAUGUAGCAGAAUGGUAAUUUGAGGUUGCAGUUUUUUCUACAGACUUUACAAUGAAAGAGGCUGCCUACACACCAUCAAAUGAACUAGAAAUAUAGGGCCAGAUUUAACUAACCCAUUCUAUUGUGUUUUUACACCCCAUUCAUAAAUCUAUAGCUCCUGAUUUUUGACUUCGAAAGCUCCUUGUACUGAAUAAAUACAUUUUUUAUUGUUAGUAUCUGUCAUUUGUAUGUUCUGUUUUAUUCUUUAAUAAAAAUAAAAUAAAACAAUAAAAGGGAACAAAAGAAAUACACAGCAAGAUUCAACUAACCUGUUCUGUUGGUGGAUGCCAGCGCAAGGUCUCUUGCUAGGGCAGGGGUCCUUCCCUCACUCCCCGCCAAGUCCUCUCUGGUGGGUUGGGAGAACAACAAGUGGACAAAAGAGAGGGAAGAUCAGCUGGACAAGCAAAAAUGCUUGAGCUGACAGAACCGUUUUCCUUAGCGGUGAAUUGAGUUCCACCCAUAGCUUUGAUCGCCAUAUCUUGCACUGUGUGUUCAUAAAUUAAUGUCCUUCUCCUUUCUUUAAAACAGGUACAUUUUUUUACAUGUGCUACUAUGUUUCCAUUUAUACAGGUCCAUAUGCAUAAAUCCCUCCCUCUUAAUACCCCAAAUAAUAAAUGGUUCAAAAAUGCUUUUCGCUUGAAAGUACAGUCAUACCUCGGGUUACAGACACUUCGGUUUGCGUGAUUUCGGGUUGCGCACCACGCCGAACCCGGAAGUACCGGAACGGGUUACUUCCGGGUUUUGGCGCAUGUGCAGAAGCGCUAAAUUGUGCAUUGCGCAUGCACAGAAGCACCAAAUUGAAACCUGCGUUCGUGCGCACACACGGCGCUGCGGGUUGUGAAUGCUGUGGGUUGCAAACGUGCUUCCCGCACGGAUCACGUUCGCAACCCGAGCGUCCAUUGUAUUACUGUUGGUGUUUGCAUGUCAGGGCCUUGGGCCAAGGGGCCAAAGGCAACACUCCAACCCUCUAUAUUUGGCUCUCAGGAUUAUCCCCAGGUCACUCUUCCAUGCCCUCCUUGCAUGCAUUUUCCUUGCUGGAAUAUCCUCCUGAAGUGUGAUAAUGCUUCUAUCUUGCGUGGGUGGAAGAGGAAGAGAUGUGUAGAAAUGUCUGGUGUUUUUCAUGGCUGGAAUGUAGCCUAGUGUACAAACAUGAGUCCCAUCUGCCUACUUUUGUCUCUGGCCCCACUCAGAAAGCCGCCCAGUAGGGAUUCUGGCCCUUUUCACUCAGAAAGGUUCCCCACUCCGGUCAUAUAUCUUGAUGCUAACAUAUAAAGCCUGUCAUAAUUCCUGUUGCUGUGUGCACACAUUGGGAAGGGGGGUGGCAUUCAGAGUGAAUACUCUUACUUUCUUGUCCUUGAUCAAAGGCAUAAUGCUCAUCUGUACUACUUUGUAUGUGUUAUAACACAAAAAGCAGGAUAGGAGCAAAGUCCAAAGCAGAACAAAUUCUAGGGUUUCAUCCAGAAGGGAAUGAGGACUAACCACUGAGCCUCUUGGGCUUGCUGUUCGGAAGGUUGGCGGUUCGAAUCCCCGUGACGGACUGACCUCCCAUUGGUUUGUCCCAGCUCCUGCCAACCUAGCAGUUCGAAAGCACACCAGUGCAAGUAGAUAAAUAAGUACCGUUGCAGCGGGAAGGUAAACAGCAUUUCUGUGCGCUCUGGUUUCCGUAACGGUGUCCUGUUGCGCCAGAAGUGGUUUAGUUAUGCUGACCACAUGACUCGGAAAGCUGUCUGUGGACAAACACUGGCUCCCUUGGCCUGAAAGCGAGAUGAGCGCUGCUACCCCAUAGUGGCCUUUGACUGGACUUAACCCUCCAGGGGUCCUUUACCUUUAACAAGUUGUCAGGGUGCCUCAGGUAGUGAGAAAAUGCUCUGCUAUUGAAUGGUUAAUCUGCAUGACUUGGGAGUUAGCCUUCUGGCACAGUAAUUCAUUCAGUUGAAAUUGCAUAUGUGCAAAGAACAGCACUAAUACAGUGGUACCUCAAGUUAAGUACUUAAUUCGUUCUGGAGGUCCGUACUUAACCUGAAACUGUUCUUAACCUGAAGCACCACUUUAGCUAAUGGGGCCUCCUGCUGCUGCCGCGCCGCCGGAGCACGAUUUCUGUUGUCAUCCUGAAGCAAAGUUCUUAACCUGAAGCACUAUUUCUGGGUUAGCAGAGUCUGUAACCUGAAGCGUAUGUAACCCGAGGUACCACUGUAGUGGAGAAACAGACCAACACAAAUGUGGUGUGAGUAACAUGUGACCAUCUUCAAAUAAUGUUUCUAAGGCACCGUGCACAGCAGAUGUUCUUCCAGCAACUGGGAUAAGUCGCAUACCAUCUAGAAAUGUUAUGGUUGCAUUGCACAUUCUUCAUUAUUGGCAGCCACGGGUUUUGAAUAGCUAGACAGUGGAAAUGAAUGCAAGCCAAGCACUACUGGGGAUGCAAUAUGUAACCUCAAAUUCCUUUUCAAAUAAGACAAUGCAGGAGUUCCAGAUCCCCUUUCUUGGAAGCGCAUGCUUGCAAUGUUAAAUUGUUGGUUGAAUGUGAGUUUAGAGUAAAUGUCACUGUUGUUUCAUUAUGUAACAUCUUGGCACCAGUUUGAGCAGAGAUGGACAACUUGGCCCCUUUACUAAUGCUGAAAGGAGAACUGCCCAAGGCAAAUUUAAGUUUCUCUUAAAUUACUGCUAACUGUAAAUAGCUGUUAUUUAUUCAGUAUAGCUAGUAACCGUGAUUGCUUUUCUGCACACAGCUAUUAAAUUGGGGUGGAGAGGUCUUAAGCUUGCCGUUCCUAUUUUGAGUUUCUUUCCUAUUUUGAGUUUCAUGGUAAAUCUGGGGUUCUUGGAAUUGCUUUAGAUGUGGUUUCAGGUAUAAACAGCAAACUUAGAAAAGUGGAGCAAAGUGAUACUAAAGGAAGACAAUGAUACUUAUAAGGUUUUUUUAAAAAUUAAAUUAAAGCCUGCUUCAUGUGAAAUGUAAUUAGCCUAACAUAAAUGUUCUUGUUGCUGAUUAUUAAUAUGUGUUAGAGCCUCUUUCAAAGAAACCAAGUGGCACUCUGGAAAAGAAGGGGGAGAGUGAGGAACUAGGGAGAUUAUAGUAUAUUAGCAGUGCUUUUUUCCUGGGGUACUCAAGGUAGUCAAGUACCAGCAGCUUUCCCCCAAAUGUUAAAAGUGUGAUACUUACUGUAACAACUUCAUGGUGAUUGCGAGCACUGUUUUUUCCCCUUAAAGCAACAGCAAACCACUGUGUAUUAGAGCUUUGAGUGAAUGUAGUAGUCUGUUCAGACCUCUGCUGUGUUGAUGAUAAUGUUUUGAAUAAUAAAACUUUGGUUAUCUGAAUCCCCCUGGUCGGGAGUGUAACUCUCAAACAAUAUGCUUUACACACACAAAUAAGAUACUUUACAUAAGAGGUUACAUUUCUGCUCCUUUUGGCAAGCGUGGCAAAAGCCUGUGAUCACAUUUGGUGCAUGAUCCCCAACCGGCAGAAAUCAUAUUACCAGGAAGGAAGCUUGAAAAAAUGUUAUCUACUUGGUUGCUGAUUAGUGGUAUGUUUGGUGCAAUGCUAGCUUGCAGGGAAGACCUGUCCAAAAUAAUCAAGAUGUGAUAGUGUGCUUCAUUGCUUUGGCACGCUUUAUGCCUAUGGCAAGUAGUGUUUUGCUUUGAAGCUUUAGGUCUUUUAUAGAUUUUUUUAUCUGACUUGUGUUAUGACGAGGCAUUGCCUUUGGUGUCAUUUGGGUAGGCCACACGUUCCAAAUCUUCUCUGGAAGUGUACAGCUUGGGGCUUCCUAUAGGAAGGUGUGUGUGUGUGUGUGUGUGUGUGUGUGUGUGUUCGUUCCCACUGACAACUCUCUAACUUUGGUAAAGCAAGUUCUGGAAAUGAGCCGUAGUGGGAUUAGCAUCUCAACAACACCAACAUGUUAAUCCUUGCAAAAUCUCCCACCAGAUUCCACAGGAAAUUAAUUUUGCGGUGAAUAGAACCUCACUGUUAAGCUAAAUAAUGAGCUCCUGUUUUGUGACAUUUUGUGACUUUCUCUAAGUUGCCUGCCACUACUUAUGCUUUUAAUUCGUAGUGGAUUUUCUUUGAACUCCAUGCACCCUUACUUUCCCCAGAAUUCUAACAGUGAAAGCAACAAGACUUGGAGAUUAUCUAAAUUGGGAGUUGCCAGCCUACAGGAGCUUAAUAAUAAUAAUAAUAAUAAUAAUAAUAAUAAUAAUACAAGAAGAAGAAGUCAGAUUUAAAAGCAGUUCAUGAACUAUGUAUUGCUAAACUGAAGUCUAAAACAAAACCAAGUCACACAGUCUUAGUAAAGUGUCUGGAAGGAAGAGUUUGGAGGCAAGCAAUCAUUAGUCUAGGGGACCAAAGACUGCAGUUAGAUUCUGAACUACCAAAGGCAUUGAACAGGCCAUUCCCUGUAGACCAGAGAUUAUGUUUGAGGAGUACAGUGAGAGGUGAAAUGGAUUUCAAAGGAUGACGAGGGUAUGGUAUAAGCUUUUAAUUUCAUGUGGCACAUUGUAAUGCAUUGGAUUAAGAAGGUCAGGAUCAGCAAGUAGAUUAGGGUUGCUGUGAAAUGGGGGACAGGAAGUGGGCAGGUGUAGAGGACUCCCUGGUCCUGAAUGGAGUAACUGUGCCCCGAAAGACCAUGUGCUCAGCCUGGAAGUUCUUUUGGACUCACAGUUGUCCAUGGAGGUGCAGGUCAAUUCUGUGUCCAGGUUGGCUGUCUAUCAGCUCCAUCUAGUAUGCAGGCUGAGACCCUACCUGCCCACAGACUGUCUCGCCAGAAUGGUGAAUGCUCUGGUUAUCUCCCGCUUGGACUACCGCAACACGUUCUACGUGUGGCUACCUUUGAAGGUGACCCGGAAACUACAACUAAUCCAGAAUGCAGCAGCUACACUGGCGACUGGGAGUGGCCGCUGAGACCAUAUAGCACUGGUCCUGAAAGACCUACAUUGGCUCCCAGUAUGUUUCUGAGCACAAUUCAAAGUGUUGGUGCCAACCUUUAAAGCGCUAAACGACCUUGGCCCAGUAUACCUGAAGGAGCGUCUCCACCCCCAUCGUUCUGCCCAGACACAGAGGUCCAGCUCCGAGGGCCUUCUAGUAGUUCUCUCACUGCGAGAAGUGAGGGUACAAGGAACCAGGCAGAGGGCCUUCUUGGUAGUGGCGCCCGCCCUGUGGAACACCCUCUCACCAGAUGUCAAGGAAAUAAACAACUGUCUGACUUUUAGAAGACAUCUGGAGGCAGCCCUGUUUAGGGAAGUUUUUAAUGUUUGCUUUUUUAUCGCUUUAUUAUUAAUAUUAUUAUUAUUAUUCUGUUGGGAGCCCCCCAGAGUGGCCGGGGAAACCCUAACAUAUGGGCUGGGUAUGUAUGUAUGUAUAGUAGUAGCAAUAACAACAACAACAAUAACAACAUGAGACUGUCUCUGAAUUGUUUCUAGAAGCCUGAGCUGGUCCAGAUGCUUACGAGAAUAUGGCUUGUGGGAGCAUGCUCUACCCAUUUUAGAACAGUUGCAUUGGUUACCAAUAUGUUUCUCAGCACAAUUCAAAGUGUUAAUUAUUGCUUAUAAUGCCCUAAAUUGCUUCAGACUGGGAUACCUGAAGGAAUGCCCCUUCUCUGCAUUGAUGCUUAGCUGGACAGGACAUGUAAGAGUCUUUUCUGUGGCUGCAGCCCAGUUCUGGAAUUCUCCCCUCCAGGAAGUUCAGCUGUGCCUCUCAUCCUUUGUCUUCGCCAGACAGUGUAAACUGAUCUCGUUUAUUAGCCUAGGCAGGGCCGCAGCUAGGGGGUGGUGUGGUGGGCCCCUGCCAGGGGCGCAGCCAAUGCCCCCCCCCCCGCAAAAUCAGCUAAAAAUAUGUCCAUAAACAUAAAUAUUGAUUAUUGCCUCAUAAGAAAGGGUUUUAAAUAGAGGGUGAAUUGAAUGGGGGUUGGGGGUUGGAGGAGAGGUGGAAAGAAGAGUUAAUUUGUCCAUGGCUAGGGGGUGCAAUCUGGACAGUUCUGCCAGGGGUGCAAGAUCACCUAGCUAUGGCUCUGAGCCUAGGUAUUUUUAAGGCUGACUUUGGUUUCCUCUGCCACGCGAACGGUUAUCAUCUGGCGGUUCGUGAAUCAUGAAACAAGAAUGCCCUUCUUUUUGAAAGAAAGAAAAGAAUAGAUUGUGCCGGGUGGGAGCAAGCACUUUGGCAUGUUAAAAGCACUCUUAGUAUUCCAGUGAGAAUGUUACUAGCUUGUUGUGAUGGCAUCAUGCAAUUCCUAAAGCUGUCAGCUGAGGCCAAGGUUACGGUUCCUUCUAUAUUUAAGCGAUUGUGCUUUCUUGUCUGCAAGGUCUUGAACGUAGAGAGCCUUAUCCUAGCCAAGCCACUAGCUUUCACAUUAAUAAGCGUUGCAUGGGAAGAUAAAGAUAAACCCUUUAGCUGGGUGAACACUGGGCAUUUUAAUUGUUUUGUUAUGUAGGCGAUUAGCGGAUGCAAAACGUUGCAGUGUGGAAUGCUUCUGUGCAGGCUUCGUCUGUGGAGCCACCCCGUACCAUUCCCCUUUUCUCUCUCGCCUUACCCACUGAGCAUGCUCAGUCAGUGUUGGGUUUGGCUGGGAAGGUGAAUGGACUUCAAAGUGUUGUCUUCUGAGACUUUGGCGUUCUUAUGAGCCUGCUGGUUGCUCCUCUUUGUUCAUUUUGGAUACACUGAGGUCCAGCGCCAAGGGCCUUCUGGCGGUUCCCUCCCUGCGAGAAGCGAGGUUACAGGGAGCCAGGCAGAGGGCCUUCUCGGUAGUGGCACCCAUCCCUGUGGAACGCCCUCUCACCAGAUGUCAAAGAAACAAACAACUAUCUGACUUUUAGAAGAUACCUGAAGGCAGCUCUGUUUAGGAAUUUUUUUAUGUUUGAUGUUUUAUCGUGUUUUUAAUAUUCUGUUGGCAGCCACCCAGAGUGACUGAGGUAUAAAACUAUUAUUAUUAUUAUUAUUAUUAUUAUUAUUAUUAUUAUUAUUAUAUUUAAGGAGCAGCAUGGUUGAAAUUGAGAUUGAUACCAGUCUAUAUGGUACUGUAUUUUUAAGUUUUAAUUAUCAGUAGUAUUUUAGGAUUUGUAUGUUGCUUUCUUUAAUUUUAUCAUUGCCCAACUAGCAUGCUCUCUGUGUCACCAAAAUAUCAUGGACCCACAUGAUGUUCUACGAAACUCGAGUAGAGAUCUUCCCUUAUGUGGGUAUACAACCUGUUUGCAUCCGCUUUGUUCCACAGUAUGAGUUGAAGAAUAACAGGAUCAAGAACUCUGUGUACACUUCACUGGUCACAAGACCUUUUCUUUUUCAAUCAUGCCAUGGAAUUUUUAAUAAUGAAAUAUUUUUAAGAAUUACUUCUUGAUAAUCUUUCUGUAAUCUUGACUUGGAUGAGCACAUGAUGAAGACGGCGAACCUGCCAAUAACUUGCCAUUGCUUUUUUAUUUGUACGGUUGCUUUAAUUCUUGAUAAUCUAGCCAGUGUAAAAUAGUAUUUGUGUUUGUGUUGUAGUUCACAACUGGACACAGGAGGAGACUCUUCAGUGGCUGGUAGAAUUUGUUGAACUCCCUCAGUAUGAGAAGACUUUCAGAGAAAAUAACGUCAAAGGAACAACAUUGCCAAGGUGAAUUUUUCAGCCUUGCUAAGUUUUGUACCUUUUUGGGUGCUCCUGCAGUGUCGGGCUCUCUGUGCAGAGCAUGCUUAGUGAAAUAUAUUAAACAUUCAGAUUAAACAUUUCUUACAUCUAAAACAUUGUUAGCCUAAGAAAUCUGCCUUUUUGAUGGUACAUUAUUGCACUUAAACUGACAAAGUCAUUCAGUUCUGUAUAGUUUCAUGCUAUAUCGGUUUAAACAAAGACAUUCUGUUAAUGCCAAACUUGAUGUUAGUUUGGUACAUUAAAAUCUACCAUCUCUGGUUUAGUGUUGUACAUGAAAUUUGAUAAACCACACAACAUAGUAUCUAUUUCUCAGUGACUUUGAGUUACUGCACACAAUAGAAUCUGCAUUUUUAGUUGUGUCUCUAACAGUUGCUCUCAGGACAAGGAACAUAAAAUCCCUGCUUUAUUGUGUACAGGAUAGCAGUUAAUGAAGCCGCAUUUAUGAUCUCUCAGUUGAAAAUAAUUGAUCGGAGCCACCGGCAGAAACUACAACUGAAGGCCUUGGAUGUUGUCUUAUUUGGACCUCUCACACGUUAGUAUUAUUUCCUCUCUCUGCCUCCUCCCCACAUACACACCUUUAAACUGCUAGCAGAAAGAAUUGUUCUUUUGAACUGUGAUUUACAUUAAUAUUUAGGCUAGCUAAUUCCUCUGAGGGAUAUGCCCAAUGAUACUAUUGUGGGUAUCCUUCAGCGGGUGUGUUUUGAGUAUAAAAAUAAACCAUGGUUGAUCAGGACAGGAAUAAGCCUAGGUAAGUCUUGGAUUUGUGUGCUAUUUUAUCCUCUAGUGCAGUCAUAAGGAGUUAGGAAGCUUUCACUUCUUGCUUUAGAUGAACCACAAUUUAGCAUUACAUCUAAAUCCUAAACUAUGAGUCAUCUAAUUAUAGCUUGCCGAAACAAACCAGUUUCAUUGCAUGUUUUGAAGCUGCCUUGUUUCAGACAAACUGUAGAUGCAAACCAUCAUUUCACUUACUUGUUUUUAAGAGAAAGGAAAUGGCAAGUGGGCAGUCAAAUUCUGAAUUAGCCUUUUUUGGGGGCGGGGGUGUAAAAAUUAUUAUUUAUUGAAUUUAUAUACUGCCGUAUACCCGGGGGUCUCAGGGCGGUUCACAGAAUAAAAUCAAGAUACAGUGGUGCCCCGCAAGACGAAUGCCUCGCAAGACGGAAAACCCGCUAGACGAAAGGGUUUUCCGUUUUGGAGGUGCUUCGCAAAACGAAUUUCCUAUGGGCUUGCUUCGCAAGACGAAAAUGUCUUGCGAGUUCCUGCGGGGUUUUUUCCCUCCCCCCCCUUUUCCCAAGCCGCUAAGCCGCUUAUCAGCUGAUCCGCUAAGCCACUAAGCCGCUUAACAGCUGAUCGCUAAGCCGCUUAUCAGCUGAUCCGCUAAGCCGCUUAACAGCUGAUCCGCUAAGCCGCUUAACAGCUGAUCCAUUAAGCCACUAAGCCGCUUAUCAGCUGAUCCGCUAAGCCGCUUAACAGCUGAUCCGUUAAGCCACUAAGCCGCUUAUCAGCUGAUCCGCUAAGCCGCUAAUAGCGUUAAUCCGCUAAACCGCUAAUGGGCUUGUUUCGCAAGACGAAAAAACCGCAAGACGAAGAGACUCGCGGAACGGAUUCUUUUCGUCUUGCGAGGCACCACUGUAUAAAACCACAAAAUACCUAAUAAAAACAACACCACCACCACAAUGGUACUCAUACCUUGAUAAAUUGAAAAAUGUCUAGAUCCCACCCAGCCCUUCUUUCUAUGACCCCCCCCUUCUCUAUUGAAUUUAUGGUACAUAUUUUCAUUUUGUAUUUUAGUAUCAACUUUUUAAUUGAAAUUUGACAUUUUAUGGAUGGCAUUUAUUAGAAAGAAUUAAAAAAUCACGAUUGGUGCCAAGGACAUUGGAAGAAUUGCGCUUUGACUUUUCCUCCACCUCAUGCUUGCCACGAGAAGUUAGUGCAGUGCUCUGCUGCUCCUGUUUGUGGCAAUCACACAAUGUUGCUUUUACACACCCACCAUGCCACACCCAACCCAAACCCCGAGAAAAUGAGAGGGAGGGAGAGAGAGAGAGGUUAUCUAAUAACAACAGGCAGCAUUCCCCACUACCGGGGGGGGACGGACCCAAGAUGGCCAGCCGCAUUCCCUCUUACCUCUGAUGCGCACACAGAGCACAUGGGGAGUGGGUGGCACUGUGGUCUAAAAAACUGAGCCUCUUGGGCUUUCUAAUCAGAAGGUCAGCGGUUUGAAUCCCCGCAACAGAGUGAUCUCCCAUUGCUCUGUCCCAGCUCCUGCCAACCUAGCAGUUCGAAAGCACACCUGUGCAAGUAGAUAAAUAGGUACCGCUGCAGCGGGAAGGUAAGCAGCGUUUCCGUGUGCUCUGGUUUCCAUCACGGUGUUCCGUUGCACCAGAAGCAGUUUCGUUCUGCUGGCCACAUGACCUGGAAAGCUGUCUGUGAACAAACGCCGGCUCCCUCAGCCUGAAAGCGAGAUGAGCAACCCUAUAGUGACCUUUGACUGGACUUAAACAUCUAGGGAUCCUGUACCUUUACCUCUUUUUUUUUUUUACACCGAGCACAUGCAUGUAUUCAGAGCACAGAUACAUGCCCAUCUCCCUAUGCAACUCACAAACAUGCACUUCACAGAUAUAAUUCCUUCUCUUUGUCCCACACGCCACAAAUGCACACAUAGCUCCCCCUUCUCUCUCACACACAGGCCGCACAUAGAUCUCUUCCUCUCUGUCCAGAUGUACCUCUCUCCCUAGGAGACCUCACAUGCAUGCCUCCUUUUCUCUCUCAUUCGCACAGACAACGUAUAGAACUCUCCCUCCCACCAAAUAUCACAAAAUACAUCUCUUCCUCUCUCAUACAUAGCCCCUCCUUCAGAAAAAGGCCUUCCCUCGGGCAGAGGAAGCACCUGCCACCAGUUCCACAUCGAGGGCAGACAACAGCAGCCUGAGUGUGUGAGGAUACCACUGCUCCACCCUAACCUUUUUUAAAAAUAAUAAUAAAAAAACCCAGCAUGGAGUGAAAGAGGUACUUGUGGCUGGCUGGCAGGCAGUGGCAGCCUGAGUUUGCAGGAACAUCCCCAGCCACUUCCCCCAUAUCUCCAGCUAGCAUGGGAUGAAGGAGGCACUUGCUCCUUUUAAGAAGGCUGUGGCAGCCACUGCCAAAGCAUAUGAUGAUAACUUCAUUGCUCCUCCCCCCCCUGAACUUUUUUGUUUUUUUAAGUAAGCCCCAGGGCAGGCAAAGGCUAGCAGGCAGCAGUGGCAUCCCAAGCAAAGAUGUUGGUACUCCUUUCUGGAAUGUUUUGUCAGAAAAAAUCACUGGCUGCACCAAAUAACGCUGCACACCAACCUUUUUCUCGGCACCACGUGUUUUCUACUGCUGCUGCAGUUAAUCUUAGGCAUGAUUAGUGAAAACAAGCCAGCUUAAUUUAACUUGGUUUGACCCUUUCAGGAUUACAGCGACUCUUCUUUAAGACACAUGUGCAGACAUGUUGCCAGGAGAGAGAGGGAAAAAAAUUAUGCUGAGCACUAACCAUACUUAAGGUUAACUGCAGCUUGUAAUUUUUUUUUAACUUCGACAAACUGGUCGACCUAAAAUGGAAGUGGAAGUUUCUGAACUCACAGAGCCAUGCUGGAGGGGAGCGUAUGGGCUCAUGGCUUGUUGCAGCUUGUGUAGCACUAAACCCUGGUUUGGCAUUGUAUCCAAAUCAGCCCAAUCUUGUUAGGUGAUCUAUCUCUUUAACUCAUGUACAACUGCAUUUUUCAGGACCGCCUCACAACUGGAUGAAAGAUUUCAUCCUCACCAUUUCUAUAGUGAUCGGCGUCGGCGGCUGCUGGUUUGCAUAUACUCAGAACAAGACUUCGAAAGAGCAUAUGACAAAAAUGAUGAAAGAUUUAGAAAGCCUUCAAACAGCAGAACAGAGUCUGUGCGAUUUGCAAGAGAGGUACGUAAAAAACAGACAAUACUUUAGGGUAUUCAGCGUCCUUAUGACAGCCUUGAAAGGCCAUUUAGUGUGAAAAUAUUGCAGGACUUUGCCUGUUCCAUGUAGUGAAUUCAUGGUUCAGGUGAUGUAUGAAGAGGAGACUACUCAAGUUACAUUUAGCCACUAAGCUACACCAACAUUCCUGUUAAUGUAUGAGUUCUGAUGUUCUUCACAAAUUUGAAUGUCCUUGCCUUAUUAUUGUUAUUUGCUCUAUACCCGGAGGUCUCAGGGCGGUUCGCAGAAAAGAUCACAACAUAUAUAAUCAGAAUAAAAACAACAACCCAAUAACACACACACACACACCCUAUGAAAAGGGCCACAUUUUAAAAAGGGCAUAGGAUGUAAAUCGGAUCAACCAAAGGCCUGGAUAAAAAGGAAUGUUUUUGCCUGGCUCCUAAAGGUGCAUAAUGAAGGCACCAGGCAAACUUCCCUUGGGGAGAUUUUCCACAAAUGGGGAGCCACUGCAGAGAAGGCCUGUCCUCAUGUUGCCACCCUCUGGACCUCUCAAGGAGGAGGCACACAAAGGAGGGCCUCAAAAGAUGAUCUCAGGGUCUGGGAAGGUUCAUAUGGAAAGAGGCGGUCCUUGAGGUAUUGCGGUCCUAAAUCUUAGCAUCGUAACUUGACAGAAAGCAUAUCUAAGUUUGUUGAGAGAGACAGGUAACCCUCUGGUGUUCUUUUCACACAUAUUGAGAGGUUUAGUGACAUGUCGCAUGGUGAUGCCACAGAGUAGCUUAAAUUAUUUGUCCAAUCAAUUGAGGCAUGAACGGAACUGAACAAACACUAUUAACUUGUGGAAAAAAAAUGUCUACUUUGAAGGCUUGAAAAAGCACAGGAGGAAAAUCGGACUGUUGCUGUGGAAAAGCAAAACCUGGAGCGCAAGAUGAUGGAUGAAAUCAGCGAUGCAAAACGGGAAGCCUGUCGGCUGAGAGAGUUGAGGGAAGGAGCUGAAUGUGAACUCAGCAGGCUUAAAUAUGCAGAAGAGGAGCUGGUGCAGGUAUUUGCAAAUAAAAUCUACCAUCUCAGCCCACGCAGAGUUGUACCUUUUCCAGCCACUUAAUGGCACUGUAGCAUUGGAGCAGGGGACACGAUGAAAUCGUAAAUGAGAGAAGCAAACUGAGAUCAAUUCCAGAAAGGUAGUUUAGACAUACAAAGCUGAAACUGGUAGAGAAAUGUAACAAUCAGUAAAAGGAAAUAGUCAGAACUGGAGCCUUUGAGCUGCACACUGUAGGUGCCCAGCUUCAUCAAGUGAUGCUGACACAAAACCCCACACAUACACUAAGUAGAAGAAUUAGAAGCAUUGCCACCCAACCCCACUCCACUCACCAUGUCCUCCUCCUCCUCUUUCCCCCUUUUUUCUUCCACACCAUCAGGAAUAUCCCUCCCCAUAUCAUAUUGCAAGGGGAGUUGAAUUUGCAGCUCUGCAUCUAUACACUUAAAAGUUCCUCUGGUAGCCCUCUUUUUAACUAUACACUUUGGAGUAACAGGGACGCUGGUGGCGCUGUGGGUUAAACCACAAAGCCUAGGACUUCCCAAUCAGAAGGCUGGUGGUUCAAAUCCCCGCGACGGGGUGAGCCCCCGUUGCUCGGUCCCUGCUCCUGCCCAUCUAGCAGUUCGAAAGCACGUCAAAGUGCAAGUAGAUAAAUAGGUACCGCUCCGGCGGGAAGGUAAAUGGCGUUUCUGUGUGCUGCUCUGGUUCGCCAGAAGCGGUUUAGUCAUGCUGGCCACAUGACCCGGAAGCUGUACGCCGGCUCCCUCGGCCAAUAAAGCGAGAUGAGCGCCACAACCCCAGAGUCGGUCACGACUGGACCUAAUGGUCAGGGGUCCCUUUACCUUUGGAGUAACAGCUUGGCUCCACACACAGCUCCCCCACUCUCUCACUCUGUUUCUCUUUCUCUCUUUCACACUAACUGGCACACACACUCACAGACUUUAAUAUUCCACUCCCUAGUUGUAUUAGCAUCCCCGGGGUGUCCCAAGGCUUAACCUGCACUUCCCAGCAAUCCUGAUGCAGCUGAAAUUGUCACCUCAUUGCUGUUCAGCAUUGCAGGAACAGGAAUCUUUUCCCCACGGUGCAGCUGAUGAAUGAGCAGUGUGGAAAGUGGGUGUGUCCCCUGGAGGCUUGGGGGCUACACCCAUGGGUGCCCAAGGGCUGCCUGCAGGCUGCAGAUCACCCACAUGCAGUCUAAAGAAAUAAUAGGGAAAGAAAACUGAAACACCGCAUUUGUUCAAGGACACUGAUAGGGCUUAUCUUCACAAUUUUAUUGAUUUUCCUGUUUUACAUUUUAGAAUAUUCAUUUAAACAACCUUAAAAUAUCAGUGACUUCCCUUCAUCUCUGUCCAUGGUUCAUUUUGCAUCACAUAAAUCCCUGAAUAUUUUAUAUAAACUGAACCAUCUGGUAUUCCAUUAUUGGAGCUAUCAAAACUUAUUUACACUGUUGAAUUUAUCUUAAUGCUGCCCACGUUUUCAAAUAAACACAAUUUUCCUCCGUAUAUUCAAUAAACAUUUUCCAAUCUUCUUUAAACGUUCUCUUAUUCUUUGUGUUAGGUCUGCAAGUUGUGCAUAUUCCAUCAGUUUAAGUUGCCAUUCUUCUUUAGUAUGAUAGGGCUUAUGUUCAAGGGGGUCUUACCCCGAGAAAUUAAUCAUAUGAGUUUUAAUUUAUUCAUCCUGCAAUUAAAGCUAUAUAAAUUUGUAGGGACGCGAGUGGCGCUGUGGGUUAAACCACAGAGCCUAGGACUUGCUGAUCGAAAGGUCGGCGGUUCGAAUCCCCGCGGCGGGGUGAGCUCCCGUCGUUUGGUCCCAGCUCCUGCCCACCUAGCAGUUUGAAAGCACCCCUAAGUGCAAGUAGAUAAAUAGGGACCGCUUUCUAGCGCGAAGGUAAACGGCGUUUCCGUGUGCAGCGCUGGUGCUGGCUCACCAGAUGCAGCUUCGUCACGCUGGCCAUGUGACCCGGAAGUGUCUUCGGACAGCGCCGGCUCCCAGCCUCUUGAGCGAGAUGAGCGUGCAACCCCAGAGUCGGUCACAACUGGCCCUGAUGGGCAGGGGUACCUUUACCUUUACCUUUAAAUUUGUAUAAAUAAAAGCACUAGUCCUGAAAAGAAUAAAGUUUGCCUUUGGUACUAAGAUGAUGCACACACCACAGUAGCCAACACCUUAGAUAAGGCUUUCUCUCUUUUGCAUUAGUAAACAAAUGCCUCUUUAAAUAUGGGGUCCACCACCUAUAAUUUCUGCAUGUAGUGGUGUUUUUAAAUUAAUUACUUUAAUCCUGAGAAAUUCCGAAAUCUUCUAUCUGGAACAUCUUAAAAAAUCUAUUUUAGUUGAUUAAUCAAUCAACCAACCAACCAACCAUAUUAUAUAGUAAUACUCAGUGACUCAGCGUUGAUGCAAAGUGUUAAGGGGCAAAAGCUGUUUUAAAAACAUUUUUACACUUCAGGCUUAGGUGUCUCAAUAUCUUUGCAUAUUUCUUCUGACAACUAGGUCCGCAUGGCCUUAAAAAAGGCCGAGAAGGAGUUUGAACUGAGAAGCAAUUGGUCUGUUCCUGAUGCGCUGCAGAAAUGGCUCCAGCUCACGCACGAAGUGGAAGUGCAGUACUACAACAUUAAGAGACAAAAUGCAGAAAUGCAAUUGGCAAUUGCCAAGGAUGAGGUAUUGUUCAUUUUUGAGCCCUCGCAAUCAAAAGCAGUGUGUACUCUGUUGAUUUCAUCACUGAACUAAUACAAUUCGGGAUGUGGGUUUGCAACUAGAUGUAUGUGUGUGUACCCUUGCCUCCUGCAAGUUUAAGUUUUGAGCAAAAAGGACAGUUACAAUUCUGGGGCAUCACAUUUUUGUCUCAUUUUGUUCCUGCUACUGUAUCGCCGCCCUCCUAAGAGCUGUGCCCCGGGCAGCUGCUCCUGCUACUCUAUUCUAGCCUGCCCACAGUUUUCUGAGUUCAGCUCAGCUUUACAUGUUUUACGUUUUAUAACUUUGUGCUUUGGCUUAAAGUCCAGGAUAGAUACCCUUUGAGGCAGCAAACAUAAGUUACUCAGAUUAACGCAAUAUCUGCAAAUUGUAUUUAAAGGCAGUUCAUAAAGCAUUUUAAUAAAAGAAAUAAAUGAAUGCUAAUCUCACCUUAGAAAGACACUUUUGGCGUGUCUCUGGUUUGGGGGAGUUGCAUAGUUGUGGAGUUACCUGUUGAGAAUACCUUUGACUAUGCCCCUAGCUGUUCUCGCUUACGUAAAGAUGGGAAACCUUAAGGGAGUUUUUGUUCUAUUUUAGAGAUUGUGAUAGGACAGCAUGUCUCUUUGGAUAUGCUAUUCCUAGGUCACUAUCGUUUUCUUCUUCUUUUUCAUCCUCUCCUCCUCCUCCUCCUCCUCCGGUGAUCACUUGUAGCCAAGUAAGAGUGUCUUCCAUAAACACAGUUUUAACAGUGAGUCCAUAAGUGAGUGUGGAGAUCAAUUCUGGAUCCACACAUCCUUCCACAGUGGGGACAUAGGUUUCCGGGUGGGAGUUGAUCAUGGUGAGGGUUUGCCAAGCGUGCCUUCCUCUUAGCAUGUUUCUCCCUUUCGUUCUGAGUUUGAACGUCUUCAAACCUUUGGUAAAGGCUGUUCUCCAGCUGGAGCGCUUGCAGGCCAGUGUUUCCCAGUUGCUGGUGUUUAUACUACAUUUUUUUUUAGAUUUGCCUUGAGAGAGUCACUAUAGUUUGAGUCACUAUAGUUUAACCUCAUAACGUCUCCCAAAUCCUAUCGGUUAAAUAAAAAAGGUAUAUAUUUCUCUUUACCCAUUGCACUGUAUAUGUAAACUUGGCUUCAUAUUUGUUUUUUAAUAAUAGGCAGAAAAGAUUAAGAAAAAGAGAAGUACCGUCUUUGGGACAUUACAUGUUGCACACAGCUCUUCUCUCGAUGAAGUGGACCACAAGAUUCUGGAAGCAAAGUAAGAGAACUGCCUAGUGGGUGAUGCCCCUUGUGCUCAAUGCAUAAACUUGGUUGAUACUGUAGUGCUCAAUAUUUUAAUGUUAAGAUUUUUAUUUUUUUUAAUUGGGAUGCUGGUGGCACUGUGGUCUAAACCAGAGAGCCUCUUGGGCUUGGUGAUCAGAAGAUCUGCAGUUCGAAUCCCUGCGAUGGAGUGAGCUCCCGUUGCCCUGUCCCAGCUCCUGCCAACCUAGCAGUUCAAAAGCACGCCAGUGCAAGUAGAUAAAUAGGUACCGCUGCGGCAGGAAGGUAAACGGCGUUUCCGUGCGCUUCUCUGGUUUCCGCCGCUGUGUCCUGCUGUGCCAGAAGCGGUUUAAUCAUGCUGGCCACAUGACCUUCAAAGCUGUCUAUGGACAAAUGCCGGCUCCCUCGGCCUGAAAGCGAAAUGAGCCCCACAACCCCAUAGUUGCCUUUGACUGGAUUCAACCGUCCAGGGGUCCUUUACCUUUUUUUGACCUUUUAAUGUGGGCUGCAUUUUAAAUUGAAAAUACCAGAUUCUAUAAGGUAACUGUUUGUUUGUUUGUAGCUCCCGAAGAACGAUAGUACUGUAUACAUUAAUAUGGCUGAUCAUAAAUAUCCCCAAAUGCAUAAUUUGGAGAGGAAAAACCCCCAAACAAACGCAAACUUCUGUUGUUUCCUAGGAAAGCACUUUCUGAAUUAACCACUUGCUUGAGAGAGCGACUCUACCGAUGGCAGCAGAUUGAGAAGAUCUGUGGCUUCCAGAUAGCACAUAACUCAGGAUUACCGAGUCUGACUUCAUCACUUUACUCUGAUCAUAGUUGGGUGGUAAUGCCGCGAGUUUCCAUCCCGCCGUAUCCAAUUGCCGGGGGUGUAGAUGACCUUGACGAAGACACUCCUCCUAUCGUUUCUCAGUUUCAUGGUAUGUGACCGUAUAUCUAAGAAGACACUGAAUGCCUGGAGAUACACAGGAGUUUGGCAAAUAACCACAACCAUUAGAAGUAUUGGCAAAAUGAAAUACCAAAUGAAGCAAUGGGUCAGAGGGGUUAGCAAGAUUCAGCAGAACAAAGAUGCUAGGAAAUAUGGAAAAGCAGAAACAUUUGGCAUAUGGAACCCCAGCUGUUUAAUGUGUGGGAAUGUUGAGGAUAGUAGGAGAUGAUAUAUUGAUUAAGUAUUAUCCUUCUUCACUCACGCUAGUGAGCUAGUAGGAGAGCACAUUCCCUUGUACAUAGCAGGAAGCUAGCUGAUGGAUUUGUUAGAACCAUUUGAGUUAAGCAGUCCAGUCUGGCUUGUCCAGAUUGGAUUCUUCCUGUUAAAGAAUGACACAACAGUCUUCUUUUAGAAAGUAAUGAUGUAAGGUUUACUUACAUCCAUUUACAUCCCACAUAAUGGACAGUAUAAGAGCUUUGAAACUGAGAGUGAAUUAUAUUUAUGGGAAUGAAAAAUCCACUGGGAGGGAAUCUUUUGAAAACAAAACAUGUUCUUCCAGGAAGGAAGCAGAGAAGGUGUGCUCUUUUAGUCGAGUCCAGCUCUUCCCAUUUAAAAGGCAGAGGGGAAAUGGGACUCUGGAGGCUUGCUUCCUGGAAAGAGCCGGAAGCUCUCCCUUCCCAGCCGCUAGUUUCCCAAAAAAGGAGAAAAGAACAGCCACAUGCUCAGGGUUUCAAAUUUUAGCACUGUGCUUCUUUGUGCACAGUGUGGGGCUUAAAGAGCUGCUUUCUCUCUCGCAGGCAGCCUCAAAAUGCUGGCUUUGUGGAUGGAGCUUUCUCCUUUCUGCUUUUGUAGGAAAUAAAAGAAAGGGCUCUCAUUUGGAAGUUGCAACAGAAAGCUGCUUGUUGGGCGCUCUUGUUUCUGGGAAGCCUGAAAGGGGAGAGUGUCUCAGAGAUUAAGAGUCUUACUAGGGUUCUGCUGUGCAGAGGAGGGCAUUUUUAAUGCUGUUCCUUUUAAACUUCAUUUUCAGAGCUGAUUGUAGACAUCUUUUCUUCAAAACCUGUAUCACAUUCCCCCCACCAAACUUUUCAUUUCUAUGGCUGGCAAAACAAUUGUUUCCCUCUACUGCCGCCCUAACCUUUUGAGAUUCUGAGGGCUGUUUGAUUUUACUGAUAAAGCCUUUUUAAAAAAACAAAACAAAACAAACCACUCUGCUUCUGAUCUGCAGCAGUUGAAAAUUAUUUUGGUUUGGUUUACAUCUGAUGUAAUUGCUGAUAUUUGCAGAGGGCAACAUCAUCUUUUUCUUUGGCAGUCACUCGUACCCGAGUAAGAUAGUCUUCCAUGAACAUGGUCUUAACAAUCUGUCCAUAAGUGGCUGUGGAGGCCAAUUCUGGAUCCACACGUCCUUCCAUAGUGUGGACAUAGGUUUUUCAGGCAGGAGUUGAUCACUGUGAGGGUUUGCCAAACGUGCCUUCCUCUUAGCUCAUUCCUCCCUUUUGUCCUGAGUUCGUGCUUCUUCAAAGUCCUUGACACCUUUGAUAAAGGCUGUUGUAGCGCUCGCAGGCCAGUGAUUCCCAGUUGUCAGUGUUUAUGCUACAUUUUUUUAGAUUUUUUUUAGAUUUGCCUUGAGAGCAUCUUUAAACCUCGCUAGCUGUCCACUGACACUACACUUAGCAUUCUUAACUUGGGAAUAGAGUGGUUGCUUUGGAAAAUGAGAAUCGGGCAUCUGCACAACAUGACCAGUCCAACAAAGUUGAUGUUGAAGAACCAUUGCUUCGACACUGGUGAUCUUUCUUCUUCCAGUACACUGCCAUUAGUCUUCCCAAGUGAUACGUAAAAAUUUUCGGAGACACCAUUGAUGGAAUCUUUCGAGGAGUUGGAGAUGGUGUUUAUAAGUGGUCUGUGUUUCACAAGUGUACAGGAAAGUUGGUAGUACAAUAGCUUUGUAAGCAAGCAUUUUGGUUUACCUGCGAAUGUCCUGGUCCUCAAGCACUCUCAGCUUCAGUUGGGAGAAAGCUGCACUCACAGAGCAUAGCACAACUGUGAUCAGGUUGAUCCGGGCCUGAACAAUAUCCUGAAGUCCCAUGAUCUAAUCAGCAACACUCUUCAACUGGACAGUCAAUCAAUUUUGAAGUUGUUUUUUGGUUCACAUUUUAACUGUUUUCCACAGCUCCUUUGAUACUGUUUCAGAUAUCAUAGGUAACCUAUGGCUCAUUUCACAGAUACAGUUUUUCUUGGUGGGCGCUCUUGCUAAAGCUUUUAAAAAAUAAACCUUUAAAAUGAAUAGAUGAUGUUCAUAGAAUUCCUCUCCAUCCAUCCCAUUGAUCAUAAUACAUUUAGUGAGAUGUUACAGAUUCCUGUUAAAUAUUUGAGUCAGGUGUUGCUGCCAACAUCAUAAGUUUGUGACUUCCCUUGUGACCUUCUCCAGUAAGACUUCAAAAUGAUAACCGAGCCUUCUGUGAAAUUCCGUCAAGUGGAGGUCAGUUUUACACCUGCCUUGCCCUUGCCAGUCUCUUUUGCUGAUGUAUUUUAAGUAUGGAUUAAUAGGAAGGAAGGAAGGAUAUAUUAUUCAAGAUUAAAAUGAAGUCUAUGGUUGCUGCUGCUUCUACUCAAAAUCAUUUGUGGGCUCGUGCAGAUAGGACUAUUUGCAAAUUCUGCCUGCCUGGAACAGAGUAACGGCUCGGUUGAUAACUUAGAGCAGCUGGUUGAUUUUUCAAUAACAUUGUUUUGUCGUUCUCAGGGUCUGUCGUGAAAACGAGCACCUUAGCAAGGAGCAGUAGCAUGUGUCGCUCCCGGCGAAGCGUCAUGCCGUCGUCUCCGCAGUCGCAACACACAGCACAAACACCGCAUCCUCCCCAUGCCCAAGCUACUUUGCACUCUGCAGAUCCAGACAUCCUUUCUGUGUCCAGCUGCCCCGCUGCUUACCGUACAGAAGAGGAGGAAGAGGCAAUUUACUUCACUGCUGACAAGCAAUGGUAUGGGCACUGGGGACGCUAGCAUGACGGUUUCGGUUAGAGCUAGUUCCAUGAAGUGUCUAUGUGCCCUCGCUGUCCAGACUUGGACACACCAGAAGGAUUUGCAAAGGAUCUUUUCCGUUUAGAUCUGGAAGAUUGCGAUAAGACUGUUAACUCCCCUGUGCCCUCUGUGGUAUGCAAGAUGCAAGGUAUUCAGGGCUUGAAAUGCAGAUUUAAUGUGCCCUUAGAGACUCGUCUGUUACAGCAGGCAGGCGGCUACACUUGGCACGGUCUACAAGGGCAUUCCCGACAUAAAAGCCGCUAACAGAAAUCUGACCUUGAGGUGAUGAAGUCAUGGCUGACAAUGAAGCCAGUGGAGGAGACUGUUCUGAGCACUGUGUUUCUUGUGGUGCCAGGGCCAUCUUCAGCUAGCAGAGUCUCUGUGCAGUGAACUGCUUGAUGCCUUGUUUUGAAGAGAGAUGGGGGGUGAGCAGUUACACAAUUUUAUGAAUCCUGGGGAGGGUCAGAUAAACAAGAACUGAGUUGGCUCUUUUAAAAAAUCAUUUUAGUGCAGAAGGAGUAGAUUGAUUGUUUCCGCAUACCUUGGAAGCCGAACGCCUUGCGAGUCGAAUGUUUCGGUUCCCGAAUGCUGCAAACCUGGAAGUGAGUGUUCCAGUUUGCGGACGCUCUUUGGACCCUGAACAUCUGACACGGGAAAUAACCUAUUUCAUGAUGGGCCUUGCCAUUUGCAGUUUUUGUUUCUGACAAGUAAAGGUUUUGUGUGUGUUUGUGUGUAAACUCAGGAUUUGGAAGAUUUAAUGAAGUAGGUAAUUUGAUUAUUGACAGAGGGAUAUAUAUAUAUAGAGAGAGAGAGAGAGAGAGAGAGAUCCUUAAAUGGAACAGUCUGACACCUUACAAUUGUCUCCUCUUUGCUGCAGGGAAGUACAAGAUACAGUUUCUGAAUGUGACUCCUUAAAUUCUUCUGGAAGGAAACAAUCUCCUCCUUCGAGCCUUGAAAUAUAUCAACCUUUGUCACCUCAGAAAAUAUCACGAGAGGAACUCUCAUUGGAAGAGUCGUCUACUGGAGACUCUUCUUCCCUGACGGCCGAUAUUUCCAGGGGUUCCCCUGACUGUGUUGGCAUGACGGAAACUAAAAGUAUGAUCUUCAGUCCCGCAAACAAGGUGUACAAUGGCAUUCUGGAGAAGUCGUGCAGCAUGAACCAGCUCUCCAGCAGUGCCCCCGUCCCCAAGCCUCGCCACACCUCUUGUUCCUCCACCAGCAGCGAAAGCAAAACGGGUCACGAAACUUCGGCUGUCCCUCGGAUAAGUAGCACCCCACAGGACCUCUGCCAGAACGGAGAGCGAAACAAAAAGGCCUCCAAAAUAAAAAGCCUCUUUAAGAAGAAGUCAAAGUGAGGCUGCCGGAGGAAAAUGCGCAAUCGUGGCAUCGUUAGACUUGUUGUUUUCUUUUUUCUUUUCUUUUUUUUAAAUUAAGAAUGUAGUUUUCUUUGUUUUCUGGGCUUGGAUGCCGCAGCAGGAAAACCUCUUAGGUCAAUUCCUCUUCUGUUUUAAAUGACUUUAUGGUAAAGUUGUGCCAGCUGUCAUUGAAAAUUUUUAAUUUCAAGACAGUUUACAGUCAUUUGUCUAUUUAUUUCUGCUUUUUUUUUAGUUUAUAUAAAAACGCCAUUUUUUUAAAAGAAAAACCCACAACACUUUAACACAAGCUUUAACGGACUAGUAAGCCUGCCUGGGCUUGCCAAAGUUUUUUCUUGUUUACUGAAGCAUCUUCUUAUCUUUCCACAGAAGCUAUGGCAUUUGCAUUACUGGACAUCAGUAACUUUUAAUGAAGUAAAACUACUUAAAUUGCACUACUGUUUUCCUGACUGGAAAGUAUCUUUGCAAGUGAAACUGUUUAGACUUGUAAAAUGAUGGAAGAGAUGGGUUGGUUCAUGGUUAUUUUUUAAAAUUGUUUUUAAUGUAGAAGCUAGCAUUUCUAACAAUUGAUUUCUGGAACUGGAACCUCGUUUCGCCAACAUAAUGCUUCUUUAAAUGCAUUUAUUAACCUAAUGGGUUGGGUCCUGUUGUAAAAAAUCAUGUUUAUCCAGGGCUUUCACUGUGAUUUUACUGCAUUGCACAGGCUGAAUGGUUAAAAAAGAAAAAAAGACUUACUAUAAAAAGAAGAGGCUCCUGAUUCCAUUCUCAAAUGACAAAAUUCAAAACUUGAUUUUGAAGGACUUUUUAAGACAUUCACAACCUUAAAACUGGGAUAGGGACAACUGUGGGCACUUGUUUACAUACUUUGACAGACGACGGAUGUUUGAUUUGUGAAUAUUUGUACUGUGGCAAAGAUAAUAAAUUGAAAAUAUUAUUGUGCAUUGA